AACAAAGAUGGCGUCUAUGUAGUUGGUUGCGUAGCGAAUAUUUCCGGUUUUGCGGUACAAAAAGUUGAGUUACUCAUAAAAAAGGGAGUAUGUGUUGAGUAAAUGUUCAAAAUAUUUAUUAUUGGCAUAAUUAUGGAUGAGGAAGAUGGAGAGUUGAGAAAGAAAAGUUGUUGUAACAUUUCCGCGAAUAGUUGUUGACGACGACAAGGACAUGUCAUUUGGCGGGAAAUCAUUUAAACGGGAAGAGUUGCGCCUAAAACAAGAACUUGAACAGCUGUCUAGACAGUCAAAGCAUGAAUUCGCUGGCUUGAAUACGACUGAUAAGUCAAAGUUACUGGAAAGCAGCUCGAAAACCGUACUGGCGCAAAGAAGCCAGCCGACAAAACACGGAGGAUCUCACAGGCAACCCAAGAAAUCUACGAAGAGCAAACGAAGAGAUACAGAAACACGGGAAUCAGAUGGUGAAAUUCCUCCGCCGAGUCCUUCUAUUGAUUUGGCCCCGGAAUUCAGAGCAACGCCAGACUCUGGGCACGCAAAAGCCAUUGAGCAAGGUCACGUUCUUGAAUCUGUUGCUUCUGUGGAGCGGAGGACGUCUGAUUUGAUUUCCAGAUCUACUGGGAUUGCUUCUAUUCGCUCAAAAGUGGAUUUAAAUGUCGUGAUGUAUGGAAAAGGACUUGGUGAUGAAAUUAAUUUAAAUGCAAAAUUUAAGGAAAAGGUAAACCAUCAUUUAGCACAGUUGAGGUGCCAACCUUUUCAGGAGCUGAAUUUAAUGCAGACAAUGUACUAGACAGGAAAAAAUAACGGAUUCCCAUUUUUAGAUAUUUUAGGGUAUUUAAAGAAUACCCAUAAAAAUCCCAAAUUUGGCAAAGUGAGACAACUCCCAACCAGGGAAUUCCCAACCAAGUUCCCUGAUUAGGACGUGUCUCACUCUUCCACAUUUGGGAUUUUUGUGGGUAUUCUUUAAAUACCCUAAAAUAUCCAGAAGUGGGAAUCCGUUAUUUUUUCCUGAGUAAGUGUCAAGGUACAUGUACUUUGGAAUAUUGGCUCAUCAUAUGGGAUUUUGUUACAUUGAAAUCAUUGUUAUGAUGAAUAACAACUUUCCCCCCAAAAAGACAAACCUCCCCUAGGGAAUUUCCAAAGAUCCCCCAUGGAGUGGAUCAAUAUUUUCUGUAAUCACAUAAUAUUAUAAUAAUUGUUUGCCUGGCUAUAAAGGUCAGAACACUCUGGGUGACAAGUUGCAGCAACAUGUUGCAGUGACAAAUUAUUCCUUGUGUACAGGUCGGGCGACUAGUUGCAGCAACAAGAUGGAGCAACACAUCGCAGUGACAAAUCACUUUGUGUACUACAGAAUUUCUUGUUGCUGCAAGAAUUCGCCAAAAAUUAAAUCGGACUGAAUUUGUGCACCUUGUUGUGGUGACAAAAUUCUGUUGCAGAGAGGAAGGUUUUCACAAAAAUUGUCCAGUACACACAAGGAGAUUUGUUGCUGCAACAUGUCACCACGACAUGUGGCUGCAGUUUGUAGCCUAGUGUGUACUGACCUUAAGCCAAGUGAAUUUUGUUCUUAGACAUCAGUAGUGAAGCCACAUUCAGCCAGGUCAGGGAGUCCUAAGACACCACGAAGAACACCCAAGGGAGAGGAAGUUCAGGCGAAAAAACCAGCAAUAAUUGGCUCUCAGAGUACAGCCGUAGCUGUUCAGCUUGCUUCUCGUCCAGCAAACAAACCACCAAGAGCAAGUUCAAGAGUCUCACAUGCAGUAUUAGCUAAAAGCCGUGCUUCAUCUUUAAAGUAUGUUACCUUUUGUUUUAUAAUUUAUUGUCUAGGGCAUGACUAUGUGGUUAAUGCAGGCACCUGCUACAUGUACAAUAACAGUAUAUUUAAAUAUGUGUAUUAGUAACCACAUCUUCACAAAAAUAGAUGUUCGUUCUCUGUAUUGUUGUAUCAUGAUAUCUUAUGGGGGGAUUUUUAUUGCCCAGGCUUUCUUAAGAAAAGUGUAUAUCACCAGGAAAUGUCUAAUGUGUAUUUCUGGUUUUUUGUAAAAUCUAAAACAGGGAUACUGAAAUCCUCCUGCCAGUCACACCCACUUUACAUGACGAGGGGGAACCUCAACAGGAUGUUGUGGUGCUAAACACUGCUGAACAAGAUGACAAGGGUAAUGUAACGGAGAGGACAGAUAUAGAUCAGGGAUGUGAGAAUGAGAUGAAUAAGCAAGACAGUGAGAAUCUGGGAAACAAGUUAAGUGCAGUUGAUCAGGAAAGUGAUGAAAUUGUCAAAAUAAAUAUGCAAGAAUCAACUACACAAGAACCUAAGGAUGCAGAUGCAGGAAAGGAAGUUAGAGAAGCAAGUGAAUCUUCUUUAGCUCUGGAUUCUGAAAAGCUGCAUGUAGAUGAUAGGUGCCAGGAGGAUGAGUCUCCAAUAAACAGGAUCCACUCGGAGAUUCUUGAACUAACAAGGAAACUGAGUUUGCCUGAGACAGGUUUGCUCAACCUGAUACGAGCAACUGAGGAAGCUGAGAAUGAAGCUAAAAGGCAAAGUGAGGCAGCAAUUGCUGCUUCUCCGUCCAAAGAAAGCUUGUUGCUUCGUGCGAUGGCUGAACAUGGUAGCACAGAUUUCUCUGUGUAUGGUGCACUAAGAGGGACGUCCCCUCGGGACCCAAAGGCCUUGUCGACGAGUCCUUCAAAGGUGCCAAAGACCCCUGUUGUUCCUAGCAGCACUAAUCUACAGAGUGAAGCAGGAGGGAAGACCUCCAUUGAGAAUGAAAGUUUAAACACGAGCCCUAGGAAAGACAGAGGAGCUACUAUGAACAGUGAGAGUGUUGUCACUGGUGAUGUGGCUUCGCAGAUGCAAAGAGCUGAUGACCUGUCUAAAACAGCUGGCAAAGAAACAGAAGCCAAAAGAAGUGAAGUGACGUCUGACAGAGACUUACUAGGUAUGUUGCAGAUGUCUUUGUUGAUUUUUCAAAUCAUCUGCGAAGAGAAUGAUUGAUGCAUGUACCUCCCUUAUGAUCGGUAUUGGUGUGAUUGCUUAAAGUUGCACAAUUUUAGAUGUAAAAAUAAUGGUAAAUGUGCAGCUUUUAUGGAUUUUUGUGGGAAGUUCCUAAACACAAAAGAUCUUGAGAGCUUACAGGUAGCUGUAUUUUUACAACAUACAGUGUAAUUACAUGUAAAAGAGUUCCAAAUUUGUUGAAAAGUAGUAUACACCAGACAAAAAAAUGGAUUUGCACUAAUUUGCUUUUGGCAAAUACAACUGUACAACUGAUAUUUUGCACGGUCAUGGAGCCGCAAAUUUAGGUAAUGCACGAAAUCCUGCGAAAUUCACAAAAACAUAUGAAAUAAUUAUGGCAAAAUUGGACAGAAAUUUAGCCAAUUAUAUCUCUGUACAACAUAGUUGAAACUUAUCUCGGCUAUUGGGGCUGAUUACUUGCAGUAAACUUGCAAAUAACAUUUAUCUUGAAGCUUCAUCACUGAAAUGAGCAAACAACGUCCCAAAACUACUUGGUGUGGAUUACGUUGCGAAAAAACUGAGUGGCACUAGCCAUGUUGUUAAAAGCUUUGCCUUUGGUUCAUUUCUCAAGCAUUGAAAGAACAAAUGAUUAUCUCCGUUAAAAAUUGUUAAAACUGCUAGUCAGAUCAAUGCAGAACCGAUUGAUUUCUUGCAGAAUUUGCCCAGAAAAUUCCCACAAAAUUGGUGGUUUUUACCGAUUAUCUCACGGCACAGUUUACCCCAAAAAGUCCCACGAAAAUCCUGCAAAAUGGGCUGAGUUUUCCACCAAUUUUUCACUGAAAAUCCGGCGAAAUUUCAUUUUUUUCCUUGGCCUAUCAGAAGCCCUGAACUGUACACUAUGUUGCAAAAUUGUCAAAAACUGAGGAGUAAUCUAGGGUUAAAGACGGUAAAUGCCACUUUCGUCUCCUUAUUUACAACCCCGUGAUUUUUGGUAUGCAAAUGUACAUGUAGCAUUAAAUUUUACCAUCCUCGCCCCAGAAUUACUACUCAGUUUUUACAUUUUUGUGGCAUAUUUGUCAGGUUGUCAAUGUGCAAAUCAAUUUUUUUUUGUCCAGCGUUGGGAGCUGCUGUCAGUGUUUCAUCAUGUACUAACAGUGUAUCCAUUCUGGUCAUCUCCUUUGAUUGAAGGAUGUUUCCUUAUUACACUUCUAGGCAGCUAAUAGGGAGCUUAAGUAAUGACGAUGGCGACUGCAAUAAGAAUGGGAAAAAAGCAAUAGGUUUAGAUUGGCAAAACAACAACUUUGUACAUGCAUCAUGCUUUUUAGUACAUUUCUUUGCUGUUGCUGCACAACUUCAACGUGAAACUACCUAAUUAUUUCAUGUUUUGUCGAGGAAGUGAAUGCAAGACAACAACUUUCUUUUUCUUUUCCUGAACUUUGAUACAGUCUUUUAGAUUCAACUCCAGAGAAAUUUGCCAACAUUUGACACAAUGGAAGAGUUGGAAUAAGCGCGAUAAAGUUUGAAGUAGCGCAAAUUCACUAGUUAAGUGACAUUUUUGUAGCCGUCACCGUCGUUGUUGCUUAAGCUCCCUAAUACUAUAUAGAAGACAGAACAAGAAAGAAAUGGGCAACAUUUUUGGUGACAGGGAAGCAAGGGUUUGAGUAAUAUAAGGGGACCAAUGAGGGGAGCCCUUCUGGGGGAAAGUGGAUGAGAUUGACGGGAGCACAUAUGUAAAUGGCAAAAAUGUGACAAUGUGAAAUGGAACUUGCAUGAUAUAAAAUGAUACCUGGUGAAUGUUUUUUUUAAACAAUCUUUUAAUCAAAUAAAAUAGAUUUUGUACCAGUACUGCCUGUUUUAAACAAUCCUUUAAUCAAAUAAAAUAGAUUUUGUACCAGAACUGCCUGUGCUCAACACUAUUGUUCUUAGGGUUAUAAUUUGUAUGUGAUAUUGUGUUAUUUUUAUCAGCAUCUCAGUCUCUGACACUGUUAACAAGACAAGGGCGUGUUAGUCAAAAGGCAAUGACUGAUGAGCAGGCGAGGGAGGUGAGAUUGCAUAAAAUAAACAUUGUUCAUGAAUUUUUAGGUGUUUUGAAAAGUACAUGUAAGUUCACUUGUUAUCCUCUUGGGAGUUAAUUGGAAAGUGACAUGUGCAAGCACUUGCAGGUAUUUUCUUCUCUUGGUGACAUUACAACUACAGAAAUUGCUUUUACAUCAUGGGUCACAUCAACAAGAAACCAAAAGGUGCUUAUUAAUUUUUCUAAGGUUUCAACUGCUUGUCUUUAGUGUCUGUUACUGCCAUCUGAAGUGGUUCCAGAAGACAUCAUCAGUAUCAAGGGACAACAGGUGGAGAUAGGUGCUAAAGAGUCCACUGCUCCAGUCAACAGCUCGGAAUUUCUACCUCAGGAGCUAAAACAACAAUGGAUUGAAUUAAAACAGAGCAAAAAGGAUGUGACGUUUUUAGAUUCAUGGGAACUCAAGGAAGCAGGAAAGAAAGACAAGGUACAUGUUGUACUAAAUGUUCCUCCACACCUGGGGGAGGGGGGGGGGUACUCAACCAAUAUGUGGGUAUAGGUGAACUGCUGACGGUUUGAAACCCUGACCCUGUUUAGGACAAAAAAUCCUAAAAUACAUACCCUGUUUUAGGAAAGCACCCUCAAUUUUCUUACCCUAUUUUUAUAGGACAAUGGACAAACUGCACAUUGCCGUGCUUUAGAGCUUUUUAUGGGCAAUAAGUAUGAUUGCAAUAGAGCAAAUUCAUGUUAUAGUCAUUGCUUUUGUAUACCUGGAGUACAAUCAAAUUUCAUCUAGCAAAUCAAAUCAAUACCCUGUUUAUAAUUAAGGCAGACUCGCAUGAAAUAAUAUACUGUUUAGGACAGGGAGGUAAAAAACCACACCCUGUGUAGCGGCACAUCCCCAUAUAGCCCAUAUAAGGGAGUACACCCCCAGGGCUCUACACGGUAGAUUUGCACUGCAGUGCCUGCUGCAGUGCAUUGUGAUAUCAAGCGAACUUUUGUUAUAGUGCUCAUUGUAUGUCAAAUUCCUUGGUGUGCAUUCAGUUCUUUUACGUGGGAGCAUUUGUUUGAAAUGCAAUGUAAUUGUUAGAACUUUUUUUUUCUCUAGCCCAUCAAGUCUCAUAACAUUCAUCACUUCUGCACUAUGCCCUCCAGAUUGGAACUUCCUCCUCACUUGUGUAGGAAAAUGAGAGAUGAACACACUCGUGAUAAGUUUUACAACAUCACAGGGAAGUCAGUGGACAACAAAUUUGAGGUCAGUUAAAACAAUAUUUUUUUAUUCACUUGAAUUAGCCUCUCUCAGUUAGACAUUGUCAUCAUUAUUAUCAUCCUCACUCCUCAGCACAUCCACCCUUUACUUACUACUUUACUUAAAGGUUUUGCCAAUUCUGGUAGAGUCACCACAACAGCAUGUGGCGCCAAUUACUCUGGGCCCGUAACAGUCCCUCCCCCUACAUAUAUAUGAGAGAUAAACCACUACACUGUUGAUUACAUCCCCUACUCUUUAUGAACAGUGUGUGGGUUCUUUAACAUCCCACAGAAUUUAUAUGUGCAAGGGUUGUGAGAUGGGGCCCAUGGUUUAUCUUUCUUAUCCGAGCAGACUAGAAAGUCAUACCAUUUUGCAGAUGAUAAUGUCUUUACCAAGGCAGUACUUUCUUCUCAGUUAUUUAAAGACCCUGUCUGAGUGUUGGUUGUGGUUUGGGGUUUGAACCAGCAGCCUCCCACUCGGCAGACCAGUGCUUAUCUAACUGAGCUAACCAGGCGGCAGUUUAAUGCAUGAACUCACUGCAUUAAGUUCUGUGCAUUAAAGGUACAGGGUGGCCAGAAUGAUCUUGACGGUUAAUGGUUCUGAUGAGAAAUCUACAACCUGCUGCAGUGUAAUAAGUGAUUUGUUACAUGACUUAAAAUUACAUCAUAACAAAUAAAUGAAGAUGUUGAUUCUUUUAUGCUGCAUGUUCAACAUCUUCUAUUAAUGCUCUCAAUUGAUUUUGAAGUGAUAAUUCUUCCAAUACAGCCCUUGUUGCCUACUUUUCUAACAUAUUAAUGUGCAUAGUACUUAAAAAAUCGCCAGACAAAUAAUUUAGUUUUUAAUACACAGUAGUUGAGCACCUAAUGCUACACAUAAUUAUUGGAGCUAAUAUUAUUUUAUUACUCACUAUACUUCAUACAAUAUUGCAUUUAACAGCAGAUUUUGGAUGAGGUAAGUGAAGUUACCAAAGUUGAAGAAGAGGAAACUAAUGAGGAAGACAAGCCAGACAAGGGAAAAACUGAAGAAAGGCGCUUUUCAGUUGUGGCACAGAGGAUCCUGCAAGAGGCUUUAGUGGUUGGAGACUCAGAUGAGACUCUGAGCAGGCUGAAGAAUGCUUCUGAUAAAUUGGUGAGUUACCAACAAUUAAAAAAAAAAGAGCUAGAUUAAAAAAAGCAUUUUGAAGUUGACAUAUUAAAUGUAACAUGCUUUUUAUAUAACAAUUUUUUUUUGGGUCACGUCUGGGUAAGACUUAAUAAAUAAUAUACAGUCAUGUAAUAUAACACUGAUGAAUAAUAAUCAAGUGUUUAAAAACUCUUGAUAAGAUAUCUGAGAGAAUAAUUUGCAAAUGUGCUGAUCUUGUUUGCAUUCCCAUUUGCAAGAUCUUUAGUAAACUUGAUUUGAUGUAACAGUGAUAAUAAGGUAAUUACAUGUAUGAUUUAGAGUUUUGAUUUGUAACUAACUUGCAACUAGGUGUAAUAGAUUCACACUUUUUUUCUUAGUUAAAAAGAUUGUUGUAUUGUAUUGCACUAUUCUGAUUAGUUUUCAGCCGAAGAAGGAGAAUCUCUGGAUAUACAUGUAGUCGGUGUGAAAGUGGAACUGAAGGAUGAUACUUCAAGGUAACAAUAAUAACUACAGUGCACUUUCAAAGCAAAGGUGCAAAAAGCAUAGUUCUAUGUACUAGGAAAAAUAAAAACCUUUUAAACAACUAACUACUUAAAGAAACACAGCUCUCAUACCUCCAGUCAUGCCCAAAAAGAGGGUGAAGGGUCAGGACUUUUUUAUGUUGGUAGCUUGAAAUAGUCAUCACCUGUCUAACAAACCUAUUACGUGCUGACAAUGCAGUCAUUUCCCCUCCUCUCUCAAUCAGUGGUUGGUUUUACUUAAAGCUAGAGGAAUAAUAAUAAGCUUUUAGUAAUUAUAAGAUGAAUCUCAGACUUGGUUAUGAAAGACUCAGAAUAAUUGAUUGCAGUUGACAAAACUGCUUACUAAUUUUGUUUUGGCUUGAAAAAUUAAUUUUAAGGAUGGCAUCCAUUUUCUCUGUGGCAGAGAUUAACCUCAUUAUUUUCAUGCAAGCUACUGGCCUCAUUUUCAUGUUAAAACCAUGUGAUUUCAUGCAUGUUCCCUUGAUCUGUUCCCUCCAGAACUAUAAAAAGAUAAAUUUAUUGUGAAAUCACACAUGUUUGACACGUUCUCCAUUGCCAACUAUGUGAUAACAUGCAUGAAUUGGAAUCUUGACCACACUUUAUUAAUCUGUGAUUGUUACCUGUACAAAUGUAAUCAUGAUUAGUUGGGCCAUCUAAAAGGGUUGGAGGUUUUGUUAUUAACCCCAGCAUGCUUGACUUGAAACCUGCAAACUCUCCAAACUAAUUUUUCUACAUAUUUACCUUCUCUAUCUUCUCUAUUUGUACCUCCUCUCAGGCUAUUUCAGUAUAACAAGUAAAACCUUUGAAUAUUUGUUAAUGUUAUCAUUACUCCCUUCAUAGACUCUAUUGGACUCCAGCUCCACCCAAAAUGAACCUAGCACCAGCCACCAUUAAAUCGCAGUUGUAUCCUGACUAUCAGGGUGCAUCACUGCUACAGGAGAGUUUAGGGACAGAGCUGAGGACAGUGACAGGGUUAGACAGUGAUGACAAUGAUGAAACAGAAGUUGAUUUGGAUACUGAAGAAAUCAGAGCAAGAAACAGGUGUAGUUCAAUACUUACUAACUAAAGGGGAGCAAGGACAGUGCAGUGGUGAGAGCAUUCGUCUCCCACCAAUGUGGCCCAGGUUCAAAUCCCAGUGUCGACACAAUAUGUGGGUGGAGUUUGUUGUUGGUUCUCUCCUUUGCCCAACAAUGAUUCAAAAAACCAAAAUUUCCAAAUUCCAGAGGUAACUGACGUGUUACUUUCUCUUUAGAACAUUAAGUCGCACACAUGGAUCUAUGAAUGAUCUUACCAAGCUUAAAGCAGAACUAGAGGGAGUGACACGACCAAAAACAGAUACAGGAGGGUUGCUACAUGUAGAGAGAGAUCAACCAAAUGAGGGUGAAGGUAAGCUAAUGGCAAUGGACUUGUCACAGGAAAUAUUCAUGCACCUCUGACAUCAAAGGUUUCUGGGUGUUACCUACAGAACUAGAGGGAGUGAUAAGACCAAAAAUAGAUACAGACGGGGUGGUGCAGGGGGAACAAGCAGAUGAGGGUGAAGGUAAGAUCACAAUGAUGGACUUAAAUGUCACAGAAAAUGUCCAUGCACAUGUACCCUGCCAUGAAGGGUUACUAGGGUUACCUGUAGCCAACUCAACGUUCUAGGUUCUAUUCUCAUUUUACAUGUCUCUUCAAAGAGUUUACGAUGGAAAAAUUACCAUGCACCGUUGAUGUUGGGCCAUAACUGCAAAGCAUACAUAUUGUACUUACUUCUUAAGCAAAGCUCUCACUUUUCUGAGUAUACAUUUAUAAGGAAUAACCAAUAUUGAUAAAUGUAUCUGAAACCAACCUUGAUCUUUUCAACUACCAGGACCAAAAUAGGUGGAUUAAAGCGAAAACCCACCCAAAUGUUUUUUGUGAAAUGACCUAAGCUAGUAAAAUGACCCCGUUCGAAAUAAAUCUACCAGGAUUUAAGUUUGACUUACAAUAUUACGGACCCAACGUUUCAACCACGCAAUAGCCUGUUCCAGGCGUUCAGAUAGUGGGCGUUCAGAUAGUGGGGAUUCGUCUACGGGAAGUUCCACACCUCUCCCCAGUCCCCCUCUACUUUUCAUCGCUUUCUCUACUCCACACCGCUCUCCACUAUCUGAACGCUUGGAACAGGCUAACCACGCAACUGCAGGGGGGUUCGUCUACUAAGGAAGAACGCAAAUUCACUUUUUAAGUGACGUUUCCUCUGCCAUCGCGUCAUCGGAUCGUAAAGUCCCUAUUACUGUCACUCGACACAUACUUGUAUAUAUAGCACACACUCUUUUAGUGUAAAAUCAUCCCUGAAUCUGUUCACAUCCAUGCCGUUAGAACCACUGUCGCACUUGUCCCUCUCCUCUCCUUUCCUCUGCUGCUUUACCAAAGUAAAUAGUGUAAAAUCAUCCCUGAAUCGGUUCACAUCCAUGCCGUUAAAACCACUGUCGCACUUGUCCCUCUCCUCUCCUUUCCUCUGCUGCUUUACCAAAGUAAAAGUAAAGUCCCUAUUACUGUCACUCGACACAUACUUGUAUAUAUAGCACACACUGUUUUAGUGUAAAAUCAUCCCUGAAUCGGUUCACAUCCAUGCCGUUAAAACCACUGUCGCACUUGUCCCUCUCCUCUCCUUUCCUCUGCUGCUUUACCAAAGUAAAAGUAAAGUCCCUAUUACUGUCACUCGACACAUACUUGUAUAUAUAGCACACACUCUUUUAGUGUAAAAUCAUCCCUGAAUCGGUUCACAUCCAUGCCGUUAAAACCACUGUCGCACUUGUCCCUCUCCUCUCCUUUCCUCUGCUGCGUUACCAGAGGCUAUUUACAUGGUUCGUACAAAGUCUUGAAUACUUGAAAAAGUCUUGAAAUUUGCCGAGCUGUUUUCCAGACGUGCACAAAGUCUUGAAAAUAGAGAUAAAGUCUGGAGUUUUUUUAAAAGUUACAAAAAAUGCUUACUAAGUGAUUUUUUUCUCCGUGGUCAAAUCCCAUUCAAUCUGGCCUGAAGCUGAGACAUUUAUUCACUGAAUGAGAACUUUCAUAAUUCUGUUACGUCCGCAUUUCACCGUGGUUACCGAACGUUUACCGUGGAUCCUGAAAAAAGCUUGGUUCCUGCGUUUUUCAAGGUCUCUAUCAGUGAUCACCUAUUUGUUCACCUUGAGUCUGGAAAAAUAAAGUAUUGUUUUGGAAAAAGUCUGGAAAAAGUCUUGAAUUUUGGAUCCAAAAAUCUGUAGGAACCCUGUAUUUACUGCAUUUCUUUCUCCUUUCAUCACCAAUGCUUCAUCAGUUAGAGAAUAGGCUGAUUUAGCAACAGGACGGGAACGUCAGUUGACGACAGGAAAGCGCGCGGAAAGGACUAAACACGACUUCCGGUGCUCAAUUUGCCGCUCUGCCAUUGGUCAAUCCAGUUGUUUGAUUUGCGCGCGCCGUCUUCAACUGACGUUCCCGUUCUGUUGCUAAAUCAGCCUAAUAUGGGAGGGCGUGGUCACCUACAGAAUUACACAAAAGUAAGUUACCAGUCACUUCUCAUGUGCUACGUGAUUCUCGUCAUGCGCGCGUUACGAGAAUCAUGUAGCGCGUGAAUCAGUUAAUCGGCAGUUUUGGUAUAAAUUAUUCACGACCCGUCCUGCGCAAAAAGAAAAGGAUAAAAUCCCCUCUGAUAUUUUAUGAUCAUCUGAUCUGUACUACUUCUCCUGUACCACUCCUACAAGAAAUAUGUAGUGACAAGACUGAGAAUUUCAAUACAGAUACUGAAGAGUAAAGUGCAUUUCCCUCUUUUUUAUUUCGAAGUGCCAAGCCGAUUUGUGUCUGUACUUGACAAGAGGAGGCAGGAGAAUAAACAACAUGAUGAGAGUGUGAUAGAAGGAAAAGAUAAUGAAGAAAUCGAAGUUGAUGAGGAACCAGCUGAUUUGAAAGAACGAGAAAAAGGGUUGUCUAUCUUCAGGUAAAGUUCUACACAUGAAAAGUACCAUAUGCGUGCCCCAGACAAAUUUCCUCUUGAACCGCAGGAACGCCAGCCAGCUUAUUCACUUUACCUAGACAGAUACAACUCCGUCACAGGAUAUCAGCACCCAGGGCUACAUGUAUGUUACAUUACUCAUGCUUAAGAUAAAAGCAAUGUCACCUACUUUCUCAGGGGGCAAACAAGUGAUAAAAGCUGCCAAUGCAAGAAAUUGCGGUCGAGUUUGUUUAUUCUAGUCAACAGAAAAUGAACAACUAUUUUCCCUUAAAGAAGGUAAUGGUAAAUUAUGAGUGGAAGUAAUCAUUGUUUCUUUUCUGGGUGCAGCAACGACAGUAGAUAUCCUCUCGGCAAGCAAUACUGACGUAAAACUUGUCGAAACUCCAACUGUACUAAAAUCGUCGACUCAUUUUGAGAGAAUUUAAAAAACUUGACCGCGACUUAUCAUUUGGCAAAUUUUAUCGGUUGAUUCCAAAGUGCGCACAAAGAUGGUAGUUAACGUGAAUAACGUCUGUUGGUAUAACUAACUGGGAGAAACAGUGAGACAAUAUUUUGUGUCUUAGGAAGACCAUAAAGGUAUUACAUAAUUAUAUGGCUUAUCCCCUUGUGUAUGGGAGACCUACAUGUAGGAAUCUAGGAGGCUUGUCGAAUCCGUUAAAAGCCUUACAAAAUAAUAUCAUUACAUAUUAUUGCAGCAGACAUUUUGUCUUAAGGGUUUUGCAAUGCUUUGGGUCCAGUUCCCUUGAUCUUCACAGUCAACGUGUCUGAACUUAUCUGCUUGGUUUAAUUUCAUGGAAUGCUCGCAAUUAAACAUUGCUUUGGCGAGGUUAAACUGAAUGACAAGUUGUGUUAACCAUUUUUGAGUAAUCCCCCCAUUUCUCUUUCUUCUUCCUGCUGUAGAACUCCCACCUCCUGCCCUUUGUUCUCCCGCCCCCUAUCCUGCGGGAAUGUCUAGUUUCUACCCCCUGUACUCCCCACAUAACAAUGGACAGUCCAGACCACUCAGCUAGUAGUGUGCUGGUCGUAUGUCACUGUUUCUUGAAUGUGCUUUUGUGUAUUUAAUAAAAUUAUGUCACCUUGAUACAGUUUUUUGGUAAAUUUUUUUCGCUAACGAUUAUACGUGAUGUAUAACUUUUAUGCACGUUUUUGUGACUGUGGUCAUAUUUGUCUUGUAGAUCGGUAUCACACCCUCUUUUAUCGUUUGAUGAGGAGACUCUCACGGUUUCUGCAGAUUAUGAUAUCAGUAUGGAUGAGGUAAUGUAAACGUAUCGGUAAUACCCCCUGUGACAAUGUACCAGCUCUCGCCUCAUUCAGCCCAGGCACCCCUUCACCUCCAAGAUGCACUAAAUUUCGCCUGACACCUUUCUAUGGUGGGACAGUGGAGCUAGUGCCGAGUGUGUUUAGCUUUAGGGAUAGUGCAUGAUUUCACACAAAAUUUUCUACCACACAACUGUCUAUUGUAGAUGCAAGAAAUCGUAGACUCCAAUGCAAAUUGUGGUUAAUGUGGCCCUUGUCUUUUUUCCAUUCAGUUGAAUUUUCAACGUGAUCAGAUUGCCGCAAUCAAAGAUAAACAGCUGGGAAAGGAAGAACAGGAAGACAGCGAACGCCAGGACAAUUCAUUUUCAGGACAUGUGGCACAGACAUCCCAGGUGCACAGUACUAUUGCAGGUAUGACAGGGUCGACGCACAAUGAUUGAAUUGACAAACUGUAGGUCUUAACUGUGGUAAGUUUGAAUUAAUAGUCCUGUUAAGUUUCUGAUUUGUCGCGGCCGCUGAAGACUCAUUUAUCCAGGGUUAGCCUUGACCGAAAGUAAAAUAUUCACAAAUUCCGGCGAGAAGGUGCCUGAAUUUGAGUUUAAAACAAUAGACACAGUUGUACAAAGGUCUUCUUCUGGCUGGAAUUUGCGAUUAUUUUUACCUUAGGUCGAAGCUAACCCUGUAUAAAUGAGUCUUCAGCGCUUCUAUUCAGCGGCCGCGACGAAUUCGAAACUGGACCAUUGCCUCACUCACACGUGAAACGUCUCUUUUUCUUUUGAAUCCACACAAGAUUUUCAAGCACGAACGUAUGAUUAUGAUACUGAUGAGGGUUGGACAGACGCUGGAGAAAGUAUGUCAAUACAAACAGGCACAACAGGAUUGACAAGUACAAGGUGAGAGUCCUUGAGUUGAAUAGUUCUUUAGCACAAUGGACCUACAAACCCCGGGGGAGGGGUACUCAAAAAAGUUUUAUACUGAGAGGCUCCGCCCCGAGGUCCAACCCCUUACCCUUUUAUAUACCCAUUUUUGACAGAAAAGGUACCCCUUUCAUAUACCUUCUAUUGACAAAUGAUACCCCUUUUACAUUCCUACUGUAGAACUUGGCACCCUUUUCAACAUCUGUAAAUUCAAACUUUUUUUCGACUCUUUCACAGCCGUAAAAUACAAUUGUUAGCCCUUUUAGGUUAUUUUACAGACCGAAAUGACAGGUUUCCUCACCAUUUCAUAUACUUCAACUAGUGAAAUCCCUACCCUAUAACCUGAAGCCUGAAAAAAGUAGCCCUUUGGAAAGAGCCUCUUCGUAUCGGCCUCUUCGUAUAGGUCGACAAAUGAGAGUUUUAAUUUUGAUUUAAGGGUUUAAAGGGUUAAACAGGCAAAGGAAAUGAGCUAUUUUUGUCUUAAACGUAGUCAUGGUUUGAAGGCAUCGGUGGCACCUCUGUACCCAAACUUGCCUUGAAUGCCCUCCUGGGCUCCGGUCAUGUGAGCCACAAGCUCUAUGUACCCCUAUUCUUAUUUUUUUUACCGAUAUUGACCAAUCAUUAUUGGUUGUUACUCUCAUUGGCCUACAUUUAGGAAACCUCAUCACCGGAAAAUGAAGAGAAAAACGAAAAAACAACUGGUAUGUAUACGGAAACAGUUGCUGUUGCAAAAAUUGAGAAGGUCAUGUUUUAUUUCGCUUGUUGAGUUUGUUAUGUUUUGACUUUUUGUAUGUGACAGGAAAGAGAACAGGAGAUAAGAGAAUUCUUUAACCAACCAGCAAACAAGAUCUCAAGGUUUGAUUUCUUGGUUAGCUUAGUUGAAUUAAUGCUCUCUGGUCAGGCGAUGGAUGGUGCAGGCUGGCAUGAGGGAGCGCUGUGUAUGGCUGUUGGCCAGUCAGCCCUCGUCUGUCCAUGUCCGUACUGUGUAUACCUGAAUAAAGGUUGCUUUGGGCAUUGGGCUUUGCGCACUGGUAAGUUAUUGUUUGGCAUUCACUCAAGCAAAUCAUUGCAGUGAGUUUCGUAUGCCCAAACACUUUAUUGCCAAUGACCAAUUACCAAAGCAACCUUUAACGAAUCAGGCAUAUACUGUAAUGGGUGCAGACCAUUUUGUGGGGAGGUUGGGGGCGGGCCCUUCCCCUGGAUCCGCCACUGUACUGUAGAACUGUUCCGAGCGCACUAGUGCUUCUUCAGUGGCUAUCUCUGGUAUCAAUGUCAAAUUCCUUCCCGUAAAACAGUCCGAAAGUGUAGUAGUCCAACACAACACUGACUCCGUUUGCAACUCGAAAUGGCCAAUGUUUUUAGGGUAAAUUUCGUCCAGAACAGGGACUAGUCAACCAAGCAACUUCAUCUUUUGUUAACUGUACAAUGGAAACUGUACCAAAACAAUUUUGGCCGCCUGGCUUUUUCUUUGGUUCGGAAAUGGGUGAUACUAAGCCUAAACAUCCAGUUAUUGCAAAAGAUGUAACAUCGUACGCUAAAAAGAAAGUGUCCCUUAUUCAAGCCUCUUUUAGGAUAAAUUCGAAGUUUCUGGUCCUUGCUCGAAUCCACAUUGUCUAAAGUAAUUUGUGUCAAUUGAAUAGUGUUACUGUUUGUUCAGGAGGCGUUUAUUAUAGCUGAAAUUACCAGGAAACUAAACUUCUGAUUUACAUGUACUGUUCCGGGGGAAAGGGGCAUAUGCAAGAGUUUUUGCCUCAAAAACCAAAUUGCUUGAUCUAAUUUGACCAAGUGAAGAAUCGCCAAAUAUAAACGGGAUGAUUUGCUUGCUGUCAAAUGAACAACAGCACACAGGUGCAAUGAUUUAAAUACGCUGCUAUUUAUAUUUAUUUCCUCACUAUACACUUACAUUUAGCACUUAUUCUUACUACAAAUGAACUUCGGGAUUUGAACUAUUAGGAUUUUCAAUAUUAAGACAAGUUAAUGAUCUGAUUUUCCAGUUACUAUAUUAGCGUAGGCUUGCUCUCCAUACACGUUGUUCAAGUGGUCUGUAAGCUAGAUUGUACAUACAUGUACCUCAUCUUGUGGACGGUCAGGCUCACUUGUGCGAGUUCGGGAAAAAUUUUGGCGGCCGAUCUGACAGCGCCAAGGGAAUAGUGGCGCCUCCGGCGCCAAAAAUUAUCCCCGAACUCGCCAAAGUGAGCCUGCUCACUUACGAAUGACAUCUGAAAGGUAGCUGGCAUUAUCUGUGGUCAAUUGAAGAAUGAUCCUCGCAGUUGUGAACGCAAUUUAUGCAGUUGCGUAAGAAGCCUGAAAAAAUUCAGAACAUCAAGGGGAUUUGAACCCGUGACCUCGCGAUGCCCGUGCGACCGGUCACAUUACCAGUGGUGUUGCUUUGCAGAUGUGUUUCUUUCGCUGAUAUGAGAAACUUGCGGGAACAAAUGUCUUCCCAGAGGAUGACAAGUGCCAGUGCAAGGUAAGCUUGUAACUCCGCUUGGACCUCGAUUCAACCCUUGUCGCCCAUGUUAGGUCUUGUUUAAAUAAUCAUUGCACCAAUAAACCGUAAUGUAUCCACCGCAAGAUAGAUAUUGUUCUAUCUCUUCACAAUCAUGAUUCUGAUGGAAUAAAUCAUUAGGGAUGAACUGUUGGUGAGCUGUCUCUUAUUUUUCCUUCAAAUACCGCAGUGCAUAGUAGCUUGGAGUUCGAUCCUUUACCCCAAAAAAUCACAUAUAUGCAUCACUAUGCACUAACCCUGAGGGGAUAGUUGUUUUAGGGUUAGGGUUAGAGAGGCAUUGACAAGGGGUGUGUUUUCGACUUUAAAAAAGCCUUUGACAGAGUAAAUCACCAACUUCUCUUAAAAUAAAUUGCCUGGGUAUGGCAUCAUAAACCAUAAACUGAGGUGGUUUGAGAACUAUCUUACGAAACGAUAUCAAUCUGUUGUCUACGGCAGCGUACAGUUUGCAUCUCAGCAGGUAAAGUCUGGCGUACCCCAAGGGUCCAUACUAAUCACUUGGUCCCAUUUUGUUGUGUAUAGGCUUAGCAUCGAUUCUCCUGCUAGUAACUCAAGUGGUCAGAGCUUCUGACUUGUCUUUAUAAGGUUGUGGGUUAAAUUCGUUUUACUAGACAUAAAUGACGGAGCUAAAAAGUAACAUAACGUGUUUUUUACUUUUGUUAAAGCGCGUAACAGUGCUGAAAUUACUACUUUAUGUACGCUUGUGCAUUUCUCUCUUAGGUCCGAGUUAACCAGAGUAAACAGUGAACCAAAAGUCUUUGACCACGAAAGACUUUUUGAAGACGAAUUUACAAGGUAUGUCAAUGAGUAUUCACUUUCAUCUGGCAUUUUACGAACGCUCAAUAGUUCUUGAGUCCAAGUGGACUUUUUGGUUUAUAUCGAUGGACCAUCACACCCAGUUAGUGCAUAGUUCUCAUGUUCCAAUCCAAUCAGGUCUAGAAGGUCCUACUUAAUACUUAGUCGUCUCAUCUUGUAAGAAACGUGUUGUCAAAAAAUCUUGGAAAAUUAGAUGAUGAUACAUAAUUUUGUUGCCGUUGUUGUAAAAUACGUGUGUGAUACUUGCAGAGGGAUAAUCGAGUCUGACCGUCAUGAAUAAGACAAUCUAUGUGUAAGGGACAAUGAGAGGUGUUGAAUUUGUAGCCCUGAAUCUUAAGAUUAAGAAUUCUUCAUCGCGAAGCACAGUUGAUGUAUCUGUAUUUUUCUUUAGCGAAGAGGAGGUAUCUUUUGAUUCAGUGCGUGAGCGUUUUUGGUAUGUUUGGUUUGAUGACGUGUAUCCGCCAACACCAGCAGUCCCAGAAAUCAAAUGUAAGUGACGUGGUACAAUGAAACCCCGUCAGUAAGAACCUGCAUUUUCCCAAGUUAGCUUAAACAGGUUGUUACAUAAAGUUCUUAAAUAGGUUCUUAUCUUCUAAAGAAAAAAAGUACAUUGUACAUAAGGGUAUCUAGUGGAAUUCAGAUUAUUCCUCAUAUAAAAUCUGCGUCGUAAAUUAGUGUUGCACUUGGACUGAUUCGGCACCUUUGUCUCUAAAGAGGAUUCUAAGGAUUCUAGGAGAAGGGGGUCUGUACACAGGCUAUCUGAAUGACGAUUUGUCUUGUUUGCCCCAGCAUACACAAUGUUUUUAUAGAUUUUAGAAAAUAAGGACCUUUUUCAAAUUUUAGGCUAAACAGGUUCUUAUCUAGAAGGGUCUAACUGACUGGCAAAUUUUACUCCAACAGGUUCUUAAAAACUGAACCAGGUUCUUACUUGCGGGUUUUCACUGUCUUGCAAAAAUCAUGUUAGAAAUAUGUCCUCGGGGACUGGAAGGGUAUUCCUGUGAUCGGAGAUUGAACCAAAAUAUAGUGCGGGAUUCGGGAAACAUUAACGGGAUACGGGUUUGACUGCCACCGGGGAGCGGGAUUCGCCAAAAUUUGGGCACGGGUUCGGUAUUGGGAAAGAAAACGAUAUUCGGGAUAGUAAUGACAGAAGUUUAGGUUGCGGGAUUUUCGUGAAAAGAAGCUUUAAUGCGGGAUCAGACCCCCCUUUCAAGACAAUAUUUUGCUCAGUAACUGUGCUGUUAUUGUAGGUGGCUCGUCCUCAAGUGUUUUCCAGUUGGUACAGGAUUUAAUGGAGCCGAAACCAAACGAACGGUUACAACGACCGUUAGAUAUUUGUAGUAGCAACAAUCGUUUACAGUCUGUCUCCUUUUAUUAUCAUGCCAAGGCACAAUAAUAAUGGUUUUGGUUUUAUUAAUGAAGCACGAGAUUGUGAGCACAUUACGAAGCACAAACUUUCCUUCGAUUCUCGUUUGAAAGCUGCCAUGACUGUUUCAGUGUGCGUGUAAGUCUUAUAUAAUCGUAGUUUUAAAAUGCGCUGAUAUUUUCAGGCCUUACUGAUCGUGAGAAAUGGGUUGAAGACCAAUGUUCACUAGUAUAAGUGUAAUUAAUACAAUGCUGUUUUCAUUUGCAUUUAGUUGACCUUCAAAGCCUGAGCUCACCUAGACCACAGACGCAGAGGUAAGGGUGAAACAGUUGAUUUCCUUGUAAUGAAGUGUCUUGUAAUCCCCCACUUCAGAUACCGUAGGGAGAAUAUUUCGUUAUCCCUUUCUCAUAGCAUUGGAUAAUAUUUUAGCAGGUUUGUAACACGAUUGCAUGGUCGUUAGAUCGGUCAAGUUCAUAUUCGUUUCUUCAGUAAACAAAGGUGACUCUCGCCUCAUCUGCAGUCAAGGUCACAAAUAACUCCUCCGCGUCCUCCCGCCCAGGUUUGAACAACCCGACCCCGGUUAGCAAUAAUCCUGGGCUAACUGCAAACAGAACAUUUGAGUAAUCAGUUGUUGGUAACUACCCCUGGAUUAGCGCUAAUCGUCAUUCGAACAACUCGGCAAGUUGACUGUUUAACUAUUUGACUAGCUGACUUCUUAACCGUAGAUUUGUACCCUGUGCAACUGAGUUGAUAUCACUCGGCCAUGCUGCCUCUAUGCUGCUGCCUACUAGACAAACUUAAUAGUCGAACUACACCGUAUAUUAUUAAAUUUCUGCUUGAUCAAUUCGCUCCAAGAGAGGUAAUCCAAGGUAGUCUUGGACUCUGGACUCCACGCUGUAAAUCCCUGAUUCCAGGUACUGGAUUUCUGAUUCCUUGCGAGUGAACUUGGAUUCCGGAUUCCAAUUGUUAGCGGGGAUUCUUGAUUCCUUAAACUGAAUUCUGGAUUCAAAAGCGCAAUGGUCCGGGAUCCACGAGCAAAACUUUGCCAGAUGCCGGAAUCCAGAUUGUCUUACAUGUGGCAAAUCUACAGUAGGACUGGAAGAGUUAAACAUUGCGGGCCUUGUUAGAUGAUAACCUCAACCACAGUGUUUUUCUUUCUUUCAGCAAGACAACUGAAGUUGUUAUAAACAACGAUAUAUUGGAAGACAUCCAAGUUAUUGAACCUCAGAUAAGAAGUUCAGACCAACAACUAUACGAGGUAAUAAAUCAAGUGACCGUAUAAACCACGAUGCCUUUUCGCCUAAAGACACACAGUUUAAAGUAGUGUCGUUCGAUGUAAGGCAAUCUAACACAGUCUUGGAUUCUGGAUAAUUGGAAUCCGGAUUCCAGAUUUCUUGUGCUGAAUUACGGAUUCCAAAGCCCAGGAUUCCAGAUUCCAAAAGCAAAAUUUUCCUGGAUUCGGUAAUCCAGAUUACCUUACAUGGGGCGAGUAGUGACGAACCUUUCAACCUUUGUUAGCCCGGAUGUUGUUCUUCUAAACACAUGAUAAAUAGUUGCUAUUUGUUGAACGGAUUACAGCUGAUCUCUACUCUUUUUAAACAACGUUGAAAAGUAAAUCUGACGGUGUCCAUUUUGGCAUACAUUACUGACUGGAUCUGCCACUAAAGAUUUUUGAAAAUCUGUUGGUAUUGUCCAUACUACCAUAGCUUACUACUCAGUCAGUUUCAUCUAGAGUUCUCUCUUCCCUUAUCCUAUAGGCACUUCAGGAAGAAGCUGUUCGACUUACAGAGUUGAUAGAGACUCCACAAGGGACUGAAUCAGUCGCCAUCUAUUUAUGUCGAAGAGGCGCUGUGUUCCGGAAGGUACAGCACAACUUAUCGUUGCGAUGUUUCCGGAUCAUCAUGUCCACCCUGUCUUCCCCUCGUUAUAUUUUAAAUUUUUACGUGGUAUUUAGUUAAGUAGUGAAAGUAAUAAUACAGUUGCUUUAGUGUUGCAUUACUGGGCUUUAUAAUUGACUGAUAAAUCUCUUAUCACUUAAUCAACCAGUCAAGAGUGAGACCAAAAUCACCCCUGAUUUGCCUCCACUUUCGUGUUUCUUGCGCUUUACGCUGUAGCCUCCCAGUCUGCGUGGGAGACAAAUCGUAACAUUACGAUCCAGGCCUGUUUUGGAAAGAUUUAUUUAGAGUCAUCGGACCAUAAUGGUGCUUAUGUCUCCCCGUCAAUUUGCGCAAACAGGCUCAUAUUUGGCAGGUGAACAUAUUUCAGUCAUCUACUUCUUUCUGGACUUGCCAGCCUAUCCCAUAAUCUAACAAAUGAAGUUUUUAUGACGUCAUCACUUUAUUUACACUUUUGACAUCACAUUUAACUACCUGUUGUUCUGAUUGAUACAUUGGAUUACCCACCUCUUUUGUGAACGGGCCAAACCACUGCUAUUGUUUUCAUAUCAAUGAAAACUACCUUUUUAUAUGAGGUAAAAUAGGGGAAUAAAAGUCGCGCGAUAAAAAUUUAAGAUGAUAAAAAGAUAUAUUUUUUACCACGUAAUCGGGCUAGAUCACCAAGAGUCUUUCCAUAGGUCAGUGGCCCGCUCGCUACACCUGACACGCUUUCGGAGUAACAAACCACUCCCCUUGUCUUACUGCUUCGCUUGCCUUUACUUACAGCUUGGACAAUUAAAGAAAGCGUGGGAUGACUUAAACAGGUGUGUCUUUUUUAAAAAGUUCAUUGUCUUUGACGUCUUAUGAUUAUCUUAGUGAUAUUAGAAUCCAACGCACUCUUUUCCGUUAUGAUCAGGUCAAUCGAGCUUGAACCCAAACUUUUGGAUGCAUACUGGCACAGGCAUUUGCUUCAUCUCUUGCAGGAUAAUAAAAAGGUUCGUUUUAGCCUUCGAUCUCUAAUAAUUUUUCCUUGGUCAUUUCGGUAGUAGUGUACAGUAACUCUUCCAGACCUGUAGUUUCAUUGGCCUCUAUAAGCAGCAGUUUCUUUUGUUUUAGGGCUCGGGGUACUGUUUCCUUUGAAUCAUCUAUUGUUUCAUUCUUCAAUCACAGACCAUGUCUAGAGAGCUAUACUGACUGACUUUUCUUGGUUAUUUUUAAAAAGUCCUAAGUUAUUAAAUUGUGGUUGCGAGUGACGAUAUCUCACCAUUUCACCAUUUUUACUUCUGUUGAAGACUGUCUGUGCAGUAGUGAGCUUAAAUAUUAAAGCGUAAUUAAAUCACUCUCAGCCUUGACACAACCUUCGCGCUUGUCAUUUCUAUGACGACUAGAGUAUAGAGUGUUUUCACGUGACGUCAUGGCGGCCAUAUUGGUGUCCCAAAACAAUGAUACGGCGGCCAUGUUGGUGUCCCAAACCAGUCCUGUGGGAGUUGAACUCUUUUCUUAUGCAAACAAUUUCUUUUGUUCCAAUAAAUUUGCAUAUAUGCUCGCCUCGUGAGUGAAAACACUCUGUAGGCCUCUUUGAGGUUGAGUUUGAGGCCAGAUCGGUGUUGUGUUACAUGGGAAUUUUACAAGGUCGCAAGGAAAACUGGAUCAAAAUUCCUCCCCCAAAAUAGUCCCAUCAUGCAGUUCGAACCAACAUUGACCCAGUCUCAAACACAACGUUAACAUGGCCACUUAGUAUAGGAUCAAUGAUGCUUAAAAAACAUUAUAAACUACUGUUCUCGUAGGCCGCUCUGGAUGAUCUGUCCUUUAUAAUUAAGAACAGCAGUACACAGGCACGAGCUUUUCGGUCCAGGUUAGUUCCUCUGAGUGCCGUACACGUACACACCGUGUGUGACGAAUUUUUGCGGGUUGUAAUGUUUGCGAUUUUUGCGAUUUUUCCAGCGAUCCACAAAAAUAAGUUCCCGCAAAUAAAACUUACCGCAAACAUUUUUCCCGCCAAAAUUUACUCCAUUUUUCCAUUGUAUAAAUUGGUACACAAAAAAAGUAAGAAAUGUCUGUUCAAUCACAAUUCAUUCAGAAACAAAACGGUAGAACGAUGAAAAGCUGGUUUUGAAAAUAUGGAUUUUAAUUUUCUAUUGCGUGCUCAGUAAAAACGAAAAUUUUUUUUUUGCAAGACACAAAAGUUCAAAAAUUUUAAAUUAAUAUUUUAGUGUCAAAUUAUAUACCCAUCACAUUUUUCGUGGUUGGAAAUUAUAAAGCACAGAACUAAAGUAGGUUCUUAAAAGAAGAUACUAACCUUACUGUAGUUGUUAUGUUUUUUGGGAGUUCAGUUUUUGAUAAACAUUUUAGCGUCAAAUAAUGCAUCGGCUUUUCAUGGUUGGUCUUGAACAACUCUUAAAAGUUAGUUGUUAUCUGUAGUAUCUUACGAAAGGUUACUUGUAUCCAGUUUCUCAGGUUAUUUAUUUACAAACGUUUAUUAAGUAAAAACAAUAACGGUGGCGAGGGUCACACAACAGAGCGAGGCUUAAAGGCUUAAAGUGCGCCCUUUAGCAACUUUAUUAAUUAAAUACCUGAUUAUGAACGUUUUUAAAUGCAAAAUGAACCAGUGAUAAUUUGUCUGCCGUUAUAUGUACAGGUUAGGGUAAGCCGAUUAUACACGGUUUAUACAGAAAACUGACGUUAUUGAUCUUCAUUUAAUAUUAUGAGGGUUUAUUCUGGCUGAUUUCUUUUAUGUUUGCAAACAUCAGGGCAGAACUUUACCGUCAAGAAAACGAUGCCACAAUGGCUAUAGUUAACUAUUCUCAGGUAAAUCUCUACUCUAUGCCUGUAUGCUUCAUUGUUUACCUAAUUUUUCUCCUUUACUUAGCAAAGUUACUUUGUUGUAGGCGAUUAAGCUGAACCCAAAUGAUGCCGAGACGUACUACCAGCGAGCAGCCAUGUUUAAAAUGGUAUUUUAUUUUUUUCUUAUUAUUACCAGUUUAUCGUAACCAAUCAACUAUAUUUCAACUUUUAAUUUGUAAAAGAAAUCAUUACUAUAAAAGCCUCACAACUUAGUUGCAAGCGAGAGAUGGAUAUUUCGUUUCUAGGCUGUUGAACUCUUUCGCUCACAAAAUUGAAUGAUGUACUCUUGUCAGGUGGCUCUAACUCUUGAGUAUGUGGACAAUAUCCUAUGGUGUGCCCAUUGAAAUAAAACCUUUUUGCCAGUACUCUCAAUUGGUGCAUUUUGUUUUUCACAUUUUACAAAAUGAAAUAAUGAUUCUUUAUCACUAAAACUUGUUCAUCAAAAUUUGAUUUAAGCGUGGAGACAUGAUUCUUGCACUUGAGGACUACAAGAUUGCAGCACAGCUACUGCCUUCCAAGACUGAUGCCAUGUUUGAGAUAGGUCUCUUUCGUUUUAACAACGAGUAAGUACUUUCACAAAGUUUCCAUGGACGGUUGUGUUAAAGCUUAACUUGGUCUAACUUUCCUUACUUUCAUAUCGUUGUGCACUGUAGUAAAAGGUAAAGGUCUUUAUUUCACGUUGGUCACUCGUAACGGGACACGUUAGACUUACAAAGCUGAGGCCGACGGUUGGCUGAUUCAACCCUCACCCCACUUCCUUCCUCAGCGCUCGGUUUUACGGGUACCCAAGGUAAAAGGUUCAAGUUAAACAAAACCAUAUAAUUUGAUCUUCUAGCUACUUAAGGCUACACAAAAAGGACAGAAGUCGAACGAAGGUUUUAGGCAACACCUGGGAAUCGAAGUUAGAGCUUCCUGCACAGAUGACUACACAUUUAUCCGUGCGUUUUAUUUGUUUUUCCAUGUCCUACAUAGAGCGUUUUCUGGAACCUUCGAUUCAAAAUUUUUGCUAGUUGCUUCUGAGAAUUUACACUGAUCAAUAAAGAUCUUACAUGCCAUAUUAUCGUAUAAAAAUCAACCACGUAAGCCUGAAUUGUGUGAUGGCAAAAUCGUUCCACUUAGAAACCUACCGGUUUCUCCGGGGCGAGAGACAGUUCAGGAGUAUUUCAAGAUACAGCAACAGGUUAUUUUCCUGUACACGUACGCUGGAGAUGGUCUCUCUUAAGGUCUUUAUCUUUGUAAUUACUUUCCUACGCACAGGAACUGGACUGCGGCGCUUAGAGACUUCACAUCAAUUCUUCAGCAAGACCCAGAAAACUCUUCAGCCUAUACUUACAGAGCAAGAGUCCAUGCUAAGAAGGUACGCACACAUUGCUUUGUUAUCCAAGUUGGGAUUUUUGGUUUCAAAUGUGAUAUGUUUAAUGUUUCAAAUUGAAUUUUUUGAUAUCUAUAGCGAGGUUUGUGAGUUUGAAAAUUAAAUUUCUGAUUUGCGAAUUGAGAACAGGCAAGGAAAGAGGCGAAUUAAACCUUUGACUAAAAGUGACGGAGACUUUACGCAGUUUUUCCUGUUUCUUCAAUUCAAAAAUUAGAAGUCUUGAGUGUGAAUUGUUUAUUUUAACUGAAAUACAAAGCUGCUCUAAUCCUGUAAUAGAUACUCUCCUUUUGCUGGCCGAAUAGGGCGAAGAGCAUUGCGCGACUCCGGCCCGAACGGCUGUGAAGGAGACUAUCUGCUCGCUGAUGUGCACAAAGUUAGUUUUAACAAUAGAACAGUGAAUUGUUAUUAUUUUGAAGACGUACCGUGAUUUUUUCUUUCGUGUAUUCGAAGGUUAUUGAUUUAAAAAGGGCAAAAUGUUAGUUAUUGAUUCCCGCCCUUGGCAGGAUGUGUAGUUUCGUAGUUAUUAAUCCAGGAGUUAUUAUUUGUUGCAGAAUAAUUUUGAGGCUGCUCUAAAAGACCUUGCUGCUGCUGUUCAUUAUGAUCCCAACAACGCCGUAGCGUUUUACCACCGAGGCUGUUUACUCAGAAAGUAAGGAGGAUUGUAUUGAUAUUAACUUUUCCUGCGUAAGUGAUUUGGGGGAAAAAGGAACGUGGCAUGCGAGGAAAAACAGUAUUUUACUGUCAGCGAAUUUUGCAGCUAAAGGUCAGGCAAAAUCCUUGAAGUUAGUGAAAAGGUCAUGAAGCUUUGUACUAAGGCUGCUAUAAGGUUUCGUUAAGACAUUUUCAUGCAGAUGAACAUACUGGCCAUUUUUAUGCUAGAGACGCUGAAGUCGUCUUAGAAGCGACUCAGCUGUGAGUAGGGGAAGUAGCGAGGUGAGGUUUCUCCAUUGAUAUCAGCUAUCUAUUGCGGUGUAAUCCUUGAAUAAGUUUACUACGAAUAUAUUUAUCUUACAAUUAUCAAGUGUAAGGCAACCCAGUAAACGCCUAUGUGGCGCCUAGUUCAAUACAAUCAACAGAAAGUAAUUCCAUGACCGAUAUGUAAUACAAGUUCAAAGGCUCUCUCUUUUUAAAACACAUGUUAUAGCAGUUACUAUCCAACCUGUAAAACCCAAACACACAAGACAAUCCUUUAGUCUUCAUUGCACCCGUAACAACCUUGACAAACCGGGUAUCCUAUGAUAGGCCAUUACAGGCAUGACUUGUCAUUACCCUUAGUUUCUGAAAUGGUAUCCUAACUUCUUUUCGUAGACAUCAGACCUUUUUAUAACAUUUGUUUUUAAGAAUUCAUCCACGAAGAGCUCUACAAGAUCUGAGUGUAUCGCUACUCCUGGAUAAUUCAUUGGAAAAUGUCAAAGCUUUUCUACACCGAGGAAUCCUUUACACUGACCUUAAGAGGUAAACGUUUAUUGUUUUUUCAAUAACAUUGCAGUAAUAUAGCAAUAACAUUCUUCGGUGCAACCUCUUCCUGAAUGUCUCAUUUCCGUCCAAAGGAAUUGUUUCAUUUUAGCGUUAUCAGUUUUCUUAGUUUAAGAGGGAGAAAAAAGGACUGUUUUAUGUCAGGGUCAAUCUUGCAUCCUAGUAAAGCCACCGUAAAACAGGAAAAUUGUUGUGCGACAUUGCUGGAAAACGGGUGCUUUCACCACCCACGAAUCAAACCUGUCUUGAAACAAGUGUCUUAAUUUAUCCUAAUUUAUCUUGAUUAGCGACCGAUCGGAACAGAAUGAUUUGCAUAUAUAUUCUUAACUGACCAUGUAAAUCUUCACGAUGAUUCGUUUUUUCGGCUUGUUGUGUUUCAGAUGGGAGGAUGCUGUGCCAGAUUUUGAAGCUGCCCUUCAGCUGGAUUCAGAAUUGGCUAGUGCACAUGUCAACAUUGGCCUAAUAUACAUAACUAAAUAUGGCAACUAUCACAAGUAAGGAUCGUUUAAAGGAAAAAAACAAAAUGCUACUACUUCCACUACCACUACCACUACCACCUCCACCACUAGCAAUAUACCACCCUUAUUACCACUUCCCCUACCACCUACCACCAACACUACCAUCACCAGCACUACCAGCGCUGCCGAGACGUCUUUGAUAUGUCAUUCCAAAGAUCACGGUCACGGAUCACGGAUACUAGUUUCCCCGCUUAGCAUAUCUGGAUACGAUGGGGUUUUCUUCUGCAUUUCGUGUACGGUAGUCUCCAUAACAGAAGGUCAGAUGUCAACUCCUCGUGUGACCUUUGACUAUGUCUAGCAAACAAUAUGCUUCCUACUUAAGCCAAGAGAGAAGUGAAAUGAUCUCUCCAACUAGCAUGAUGGUAAACGUUUUAUCAAGUCGUUUCGAUUGGGGCUUAUAACUGGAAACUCAGCAACUUAUAGCUAUUUUUUCAGUUAAGUGAGACCUAAUAAAAGUUUACUCUGUCUGCAACAACCGUUAUUUUUGCAUGUUUUCUGUUCAGGGCCGUUCGUCGAUACACCGCAGCAAUCCGUGUGGAUCCGACUUAUAUCAGAGCUUACAUAUGCCGUGCAGAGGCUUAUCAUAAACUACAUAUGGUGAGUACACAGGUGAUCUAGUCAUCAGUUAGAAUAAUUUUCAUAAAAAAGCCAGAACCCUACUUUGCUUCUUACCUCUGCCAAUUUUGUUCACACGGCACCGGACGAAUUUUCGACUGGCUGAAAAAUGUGACCAGACACUUCAUUCACAUGAAACAGUUCAAUAUUUUCCCACUGUUUACACAGAACGGACGAACCAGGUGGGAGUGGGAGGGAAGAAAUACAAACAAUGGCAAGUGAGGACUAAAUUCACCUCUUGUUGCGUUUACUUACAUUGAUUCGUAGGUUCAAGAUGCUAUCCUAGACUACACACGAGUGAUUCAUAUGCGUCCAGACAUAUCAGACUACCAUAUGGCACGGGUAGGCUAAGAUGGACGUUUACAUCGAGUUUAAGCCAUACAAUCUACGGAUAUAUUUGCAUAAAACUGUUGUAGAUUACUGAAGAGGGAGAAAUUGCAAGCAAAAUUGCUGAUCGCAGCUAUAAAACACUAUAAGUAAAGGCAGACUUAAUGUUAAACACGGUGAAAAACACGUGAACAACGGAAAGAGAUCUAUGAUAAAGUGAUAAGUUUUGAGAUGUUCUUCUAUGCCGUACGCUCGAGUCUCAGUACCUCUGUUCUCGAAUCCAGGCUUGUGCUACUGAAAGCCCAAUGUCUGUUCAGGCCUGAAAAAGCCACGUUGCGCCAAGAACGUUUGCCACUAUGAAAUGCAGGCUGCGUUUAUCUGCAAGCUCGCCAAAACUUCGCUACUGUUGAAUUAAGUUUCAAAAUUAGCUCUUAAGCCGUCCGUUAGACUUGCCUUCUUUAUUUAAGCGGAAGUGACGUCAUGACGCGCCGAUUUUCGUUUUUUUUUUAGGGCAAACUGUUGCUGGAGCAAAAUAAAUUAGAGCUUGCAAGUUUUCAUGUCAGGUUUGUUUUUUUCUUCAACUUUUCUUUUUUUGAGCUUGUCAUUACAAGACGGUAUUCAGAGUUUGUAACAGCAGAUGUUUAUAUUAUUGUGUCCUUUCUCUUACCUUCUUUUACGUGGAAAUAGUUUCUAAAACAGUGUCACCAUAGUUUGUCAUUGCGUGCGACAAGAGGAACCCGCAAUCCUAAUCUCCAGGUUGUUAUUACGCAUGCGUCGCAUGUAUGUAGCCAGCAUCCAUUUGGACUUCCACUAAGAACGUGUGGAAUGCGCAGAACACAAUUUGAUCACGCGCGUUUGGACCUUCUGUCACUCGUAAUCUUUAUGGAACAGUCUUCCUCUGCCAAUAAGACAGGAAACAUCAAUCGACUCUUUUAAACGCUCUGUUAAAACAUAUUUAGUUAAGAAGGCUUUUAGUUAGAUUAUUUAUUUAUUUAUUUAUUUUUAAAUAUUGUAAUUUUACCGGGUAAUUUUAUUGGUUUUUAAUUUAGUUAUUAAUAAUAUUGUAAUGCGCUUUUGGGUAUUUUUAUAGAAAAAGCGCAAUAUAAGUAUUAAAUAUUAUUAUUAUUAUUAUUAUUAAUCUGAUCACGCGUGUUUUGACUAUCUGUCACGUGAAACGUACGCAAAGCACCGCGAUGGAUUAUAAGCGUUUUGGCCUUGGAUCGUUGUCGCCCGGACUUCUUAUCCUUUGGUUAUUACUAGUAUUAAGAAGAUAGAUUUUAAUUACUGCCUCUUAAUGUUCACCACUACUAAGCCCUGUUUGAUUGUUUUCUAAUAGUUGGGCCAUUUUCUUUCACUAGACAAGCCGCUGACCUGAAUAGCGGGCUGGGCGCAUCUGCAACACAACAGGCUGUCGUGCAGAGUUUCUUAAGGAAUUUUGACCAGGUAAGCAGAGAAUAUAAAUAGAAAUCCCCACUACAAAUGCAAAUCAAAACAGGGACUCAAACUAGUGCGUGUGGAUACAGUUUUUACCUCAGCUGUUCACAGACCUUAUAUUUUACUUUUGAGAGCUUGCGGGUAAUUCAUUGACCUCUAUGGGAAGAGGGUGGCUUUUUUCACAUGAGAAAGAUUCACCUCACCUCACUCACCUAUCCUCUUCAUGCCUUGGGGCACAUAAGGCCUUCACAGAGUCCCUCCACUUAUCUCUGUCGGUUAGCCGUAACGGUCUUCACUUCCUCCCACAAUUGCCCUCCUACUUCUGCUUAUUCCUUUUCAACCGUUCGCCUCCAGGUUAGAGGAGAGAGGGUUAUCAGCCCUCAACCCAACCCCCAACCUAGAGGACCAGGGGACCACAUUUAGUCUAGUCUCUAUCCUUCGACCUGUUCGGCAUGGGUGGCCCUACCAGGAGUCAAAGACUCCUGGCCGACACAGCUCUAUUAGACGGCAAAACAGUCCGUAUUUUUGCGUAUUCAAGUACGCGCGAGCAGUCAAAAAAAAGGUCUGAAGCGAGGCGGAAAACGGAGAGCGAGACUGAGGAGAGACACUAAAAAAACGGACUUUCCGUUUUGCAUGCGUUAUAUUCGUUCGAAUUACUACCCGCUUCUCACAGCCACGGGCAAUUCCCAUUGGCUAAGUUUUGAUACAAGCUGUCAAGUUGGUGAUUCCAAUAAGUAAUUCGCGAUGUUCCCAACUGUGAUGAUUUCCUAAAGCUGGAGGUGGUUGAUAAUCGCCUGGAUUUACUCGCACAAGAAUUGGAAUUUGUUCCAAAGUCAGAGGAAAGGGAAGCUUUGGAGUCGCUACUUAGGGGAAAGGGUGUUUUUUGUGUCCUACAAACUGGCCUUGGCCCUUUUCAAUGGGAAUAAUUGUUCAUUAUCCGUUAGCUAGUUCUCUGGCUGGGUGUUUGGUUGGUUCUCUUUAAUUUGCGAAAACAUCGCAGCACGCUUUCAAACCUUUGUUCCGAGCAGCAAGCAAACGCUUGUGGAGAAAGAUUAAUCUCCUUCUUCGAGAACAAAAAGAUCGUUUUUGUAAAGACCGGCCAACUUUGGUAAUCUUCCACCUUUUUAUAGUAGAAACAAGGUUUCUGAAGAAGAACCCGAAUUUAAGAUUAUACUUAAUACGCAUGACAGAAACCUUGAUAUUCUUGAAUUUCCAAAUUUUGCGGACUGUAAAAAUAGAAAUUUUGCUAUUGUACCCGUUAUGAUGAAGCAUAAUCUACUAUGAUACAUAAUACAUAUGACAGGAACCUUGAUACUUUUGAAUUUCCAAAUUUUGCAGACUGUAAAAUGUAAAAAUUUUAAUACGUGACGCUUAUCAUGGAGCCAAAUUAACUAUAACAGAAACUUUGGCAUUUUUUAAUUUCCAAUUUUUUCAGACUGUAAAAUAUAGAAAUUUUAAUACGUGACGCUUAUCAUGGAGCCAAAUUAACUAUAAUAGAAACUUUGGUAUUUUUUAAUUUCCAAAUUUUGCAGACUGUAAAAUGUAGAAAUUUUAAUUCGUGGCGCUUAUCAUGAAGCCAAGUUAACUAUAAUAGAAACUUUGGUAUUUUUUAAUUUCCAAAUUUUGCAGACUGUAAAAUGUAGAAAUUUUAAUACGUGACGCUUAUCAUGGAGCCAAAUUAACUAUAAUAGAAACUUUGGCAUUUUUUAAUUUCCAAUUUUUGCAGACUGUAAAAUAUAGAAAUUUUAAUACGUGACGCUUAUCAUGGAGCCAAUUUAACUAUAACAGAAACUUUGGCAUUUUUUAAUUUCCAAUUUUUGCAGACUGUAAAAUAUAGAAAUUUUAAUACGUGACGCUUAUCGUGGAGCCAAUUUAACUAUAACAGAAACUUUGGCAUUUUUUAAUUUCCAAUUUUUGCAGACUGUUGCUAUUUGACGCUUGUGAUGAAGCCAAGUUUCGUACUAUACAUUAUACACACGACAGAAACCUUGAUAUUUUUGCAUUUUCAGCUCUUGUUAUGAAGCCAAAUUUACUAUCAUACUUAAUACACAUGACAGAAACCUCGGUAUGUUUAAAUUGUCAAAUUUUGCGGACUGUAAAAUAUAGAAAUUUUAAUAUUUGACUAUUAUGAUGAAGCAAGAAAUAUUAUCGAAUAAAAAAGAAACGACUGUAGACCGGCUUUUUUAAUUUUCACUCUUCGGGGACAAUUUCCAAAUAUUGUCUUUACUCUUUUAACAUAAGAGCUAUUACAAUUUUCAACGACAUAAAUUACCUAAAACGAUUCAAGUCUCUCUCCGCUUUUAUGAGGUUUGGCAGGGACCUGGGUCAAAAUUUGUCCCCAAGAGAGUCCCAUGGUGCAAUUCGAUACAACACCGCCCUAGUCUCUGCACAACCUCAAAAUGGACAAUAAGGCAUCUGCUGAAUAGGAUGCAGAUGAGGAUGUUUUAGUAGAGAACUUUAGAUUCUAGGGCGGGGACCACCACGAGGCCGGGAUUUUCGAAAAACUAAGUAGUGAGCGAGGGUGAGCCUGCUUCUUUUGGGCGGGAAAGUGCGGUAUCUGUCGUCAGCUAUUAUGGGUUUUAGCGAAAACUUUCUAGUGACGGAAAAAGUUAUCAAAUGUUAGAGGUUUUCUCAUUUUGCGAUCGGGAGAGGGCUGAACCUCCUUCAAUAAAAAAAUAACGGUGCUGACUUUGCUGGUGAAAAAAAGUACUAUUAAGUUUUCCGUAUGCGAAAAAACUUCAAGUUAAAUUUUGUCGUUGUAGUCGUCAAGGCCUUUGAACGUAACCUGUUGUAGUCUUGUGAGUCAUUUUUCAUUUCCUACGAAUUUUGUUAAUUAUAAUUUGCUUGAUUUUCAGGCCAUUGAAGUUCUUGAGCGCGCCACUCGUGUGAGACCCGUAGCUCCUUUGUUCAUUCUCCUGGGUAAAACCAACAUGAAGGCCAAGAGGUUUGAGGACGCCAUCAAGAGCUUUGAUCGAGCCAUCGAAAUCAUGGUUUGUUUGUUUGCAUUUAAAUGUUUUUUCGUAAUAAACGUGGGACAUGCUUCGUUCCCCUUAUUUGUUAUGAAUUAGAAAUACGAAACAAGAAACUAUCAUACGAGACCUGUUAACAUUGUUGCGAGGAUCAUUUCCACAUUAUAUUGUUGCGUCCAUUAUCAUUGUUUGGCGCAUUGUUCGAAAACACUGCUCAAAUGUUGACCAUUCUUUUAAUAUGUGCUAACAUCACUAACCAACUAUGUUUACGUUUUCUUUUGAAUUUAACUGGCAGACGCCAUGGAACCCUAGAAUGGAAAUGCCAAUGGAGGCUGCAUCUGUUCAUUUCCUGAUUGGCAUGUGUCAUUCAGAGCUUGGGAGACCGCUUGGUGCACUAGAAGCAUUUAACAAUGCCAUACGCGUGAAUCCAGAUUAUGCUGAGGUAAGCAAAUAAAACUAUUUGUUUAAAGGAGAUCAGCUUACGCAUUUUUAGUCAAAGCAAAGCAAAGGCUUUUAAACUACCCAGGUAACCCAAUUUGGGUAACUUCAGCACUUACCAGCUAGUCGUAAGAAUGACUGAAUGAAAAAAUUUAAAAAAACAACAGCAACAUCUUAAAACCGUAGAUGUACAAGUCAAAAGAAGUACAAGAAAGCCUUGAGAAGGCAUGGAUGAGCUUUGCGAGCCUGCCCGUUCCCCACCCCUAGCCAUCACCCACGCCCUUUUUCUAACAGAAAAACUUGUCACCGCUGUUAUGAUCUUACCAGUUUCUCUCCGUCUUAAGGAUGACGGUUGUAUAUGUUUUGUAGACGUCCUUUGACAACUCGUUGUUAAGCACAACUGAGCUGUUUGUGUCAGUUCCAAGGAGGUUUGUUUGAAGUUUGUUAAUUCUUUCUACUCUUUUGUAGAAUUCCAUGAUAUUCCCUUCCUUUCCUUCCUCAAGGAGGGGCCAGGGAAUGAAGAGCGGAGAACGAAGUGUAAACUAAGCUUCCAUUCUAGUUAGUAAGAUUCAUGUCGUGAGCCUGUUACUAAUAACUCACUUUUUCAGGCUUUUUAUCAACGUGGACUCGCCAAAAUGAAAAUGAAGCAUGCCAAGGGAAUCCACGAUUUUAAUCGAGCCUUGGCUAUUAAUUCAACAUUAUUUCAGGUGAGUUUAUGGCAACGAGUUUCUAAUGUCUCCACUCGGCUAGGUGAUCUGGGGGAAGCAGUCGAACAAAGGGACAGAUCCAAGAUCCAGUUCAAGAGUGCUAAACUUAGAUAACGCCGAUCGUUGUAGUAUUGCUUAUUUCAGCAGCGAGAGGAAAUGAAUGGAGGCAUACUAUUUGACUUCCCUCUUUUCUUUUCCUGUCUCGGCAGCAUUUUAGAGGUCUUGUGACUGACCCUUCUUCUUCUUAUCUCCAUCUUCAUUUCAAACUCUGUUAUAGUUCUGAGACCCUUCUGCCAAUGUGACCCUGGGCUAGAGUCCCAGUUGCGACGCCAUUGACUUGGAUUGAUUCGUUCUCUUUCCUGCUUUGAGCGGUUUUUCUUUCGUUGCUCCUGUUUUCCCCCUUGCACUCCUCAAAAACGUACCCUUUCAAAUUUCAGUUUGAUUUGUUACGCACAACGAUAUGAGUGGUUCACAAGCUUCCUUUAGGCUCAUGUUUUCUUCUAUAACAUUAGUUUGACAUGGUCUUGGUAAGAAAUUCGUGUUUACAAAUUAAAAACAGUUCAAGUACGUUCAUGUCAAUUUGAGAACUGAUCAACAGUGUUGAGUAAUCAGUAACUUUGUGUGAGCCGAUCCGUCUUCGUAAUACCUGCUGGCCAAUUUGGGCUAAAACGUUUUUAGCAAUACGGUAGCGAGGGUAAAUGACUGAUGACGUCUACAGUGUUUUUCAGCGAGAACUGAACUGUUUCUUCUUUCAGGCAGCUCACUUUACAGUCUCUUAUUAUAGUAUAGCGACAUGAUUGUUCUAGCUGCUGGGUCUGUACUUUAAGUUGCUGUUACACGGAGCGAUUCGCAUCGACGAUUUUUAGUACAACAGCGCUGCAAUGUUGGAACAAUGUUGUAACUAUUCGAAACAAUGUUGCAACAAUGUUGCAACGCUGUGUUGCGCUAAAAAUCGUCGUUGCGAAUCGUCUCGUGUAACAUCACCUUUAGGAACGUCAUCUUGUCCAUUAUUCACGAGAAGGAAACCGGGCCCAGGUAACUUUUGCAAAGAACUCUGGGACUGUUAUUAGGGACAGGGAAAAAAUUAGUCCAUAAGCAGCGUCGUUUUUGAGCGACGCACGUCAACCGGAAGUGAGCCUUUUCUUUUUUUAUAAGCCUUGACGCUACCAUAUUUGUAUUGCCAAGUGUCUUAAUUCUUAUAGAGACGAACUGCCCAAAAAUUUGUUCAAAAUUUUGGCUCAAGAGUGCAAAAAGUCCACUUCCGGUUGACGUGCGUAGCUCAAAAACGUCGCUGCUUAAGCCCCGUGCAAACGAACACAACAAUGUUUACCAAUAACUCCCAACAUUGUUGGAUGUUACACGUUGCGUCCGUUUGCACACCCUGUUGUAUGUUGUUGGAUGUUGUUGCUGUUGUUGCGCAAAGUUUGAAACCGGUCAAACUUUUCAGCCAACAACUCCCAACAUUUCUUUUGUUCCGUGAUCGCCGAAGCGUAGCGCAACAAUGUUGGAUCCCUUUUCACACCCCUUCCAACAUUGUUUGGGCCGCGCACGCUCAUUACGCAUGGUUUACAAAGACUCAUGGGUUGUAUCCUUCCCUCGAUGCACUGCAGGUCCCAACAUCGUUUCUAGUUGUUGCAUCCGUUUGCACACCACUGCCAACACGCACGCAACAACUCCCAACAUUGUUGGCCCAGCAAUGUUAGGAGUUGUUGCGUCCGUUUUCACGCAGCCUUUAACUCCCUGAUAGCUGACCGGCGCGUCCCCAGUAACGAUCCCAGAAACAAUUGCGGGACGCAUUUCGCCCCCAGCUUUCUUCUAGUUUCUUAAGUGUCGAAUUGCUGGACAACAGUCGAUACUAUUGGAACAAGCUGAGUCAAAAGUGGGGCAUUUAUUACGGGUUAUUUAACAAUUAUUCCACGAGUGCGCGUUGGAUAUGAGAUGGUAGAUAGCCAACAAGCGCGAGUGGAAUAAUUGUUUUAUUAAAAACGCCUACAAAUUAUCGAGAAUUCUUCCCGACUUUAUUUGUAAAAACAACGGAUUUUCAGAUUGUUUUUAAUUUUGCGCUGAUGCGCACAGUUACCAUAUUUGGAGAGCAAGGUAUAAUAACUCGUAUACAGUGAUGGUUAAGCCAAUCAGAGCUCUAGAAUUGCAUUAUCCAAGGAUUCAGUUUUUAAUAAUAGCUAUUAAACCUUAAUCUUUACACAAACUUAUUGGUUAUUCUUCUAAGUCUCUUUAGUGGGUGGAAAUAUAACUUGAGACUUAUCUUGGCUUUUGGUAUUUUCGGACAGGCAUUUUUGAGUCGAGCAGCUUACUAUGGUAUGAAAGGUCGAUACAGCAAAGGUAUAAUGAGCUGUAAUGAAGCUAUCAAGUUACAGCCACGCAGUGUCAGAGCAUACCUCUACAGGUUUGGUUCUUUUAUCCUGUUCUCUUCUGUUGUAUUCCAUACCCCCUAUCCUAUCUUAUACGACAGGUGUGAAAGGUGCUGUAUAAGUACACUCUCACUUGCUAAGAUCAAAAGCAUUUUAGCAAAUGUUUAUACAUACGCGAUUGAGUGUUUUGCAAGUUUUUACCCUUUUCUAGGUAUUUUUCGUGGAGGGCGCUGACAUUUUAUGUUUUUGCAAAUUUUAAAACAAUUACAUGUGAGUGAUUUACCGUCAGAGCGGGAACGUCAGUUGAUGACGACAAAGAGUGCAGAAAGGACUGAACCUUACUGCCGGUUCCCAAUUUUGUGCUCUGCCAUUGUUCAUGCUGCCUUGCCGUUGUCUCUUUUCCUGUUAUCAAUUAUUUGACUUACUUUGUACUAGUCCGCUUCCUCGCCAUUAGCCAAUCUCCUCUCCCCUAACCCCUAAGGAAGACCUGAUACUAAAAAAAACCCGUUUCUUUUCGGUGCCACUAUGGAUACCAGCCUCGUUGCUGAACGGGCUACCCUGAUUAAAUUAAGUUACUUACUUAUUAAACUACCUCGCCUUCAUUUCCCAUGUGACCUCGCAUUGACGAUCUUGCUUAAACAUGGUACUUAUUAUUGUUUUUUUCCCAACUUGUAGAGGCGCACUGAAGUACAAUAUCAAAGCGUUUAGUCUUGCAGUCAAAGAUCUCACUGAAGCUGUCGCUAUAGAUUGCAAGUGCUCCCUGGCGUACUUCAACCGCGCUGUAUGCUACCAUGAAAUGAAGUUCUUUCAAAAGGUUUGUGAAACCCACUGAUAGCAAUAUAAUGUAUAAAGUUGUGCACAGUCUGAGUAUAUUGUCUGCAUUAAACUUCAACCUCUUGCAUUCAACUCCUUGGAGCGGGACCUUGUACUCUAGCACCAAGGAACCAAUGCAAGAGUCAACAUAGAGUAAAUGAUUCCUUUUUCUCUGUUUUGAAAACUAGGCAUUGAUGGACUAUGGUACUGUAAUGUUACUUGAGGAUAGCCCUAACAUCAAGGUGAGUGUAUAUGAUUUUUCGAAAUUAUUUGCGACAUUCUCUAUUCUGUUGACGUAUCCCUUUCUCUUUGCUAUCCAGGUCCUUCAGAAUCGUGGAUUACUCUAUUACGAAAUAGAUGACAUCGAAAAUGCCCUGCAAGACUUCCUAGCUGCUUCGAAGGUGCAGGUUCAAUUUCUUUUGUAGUAAGCUAUAUAUCUUUGUCACUACAGCCAGAAUUAUCUUCCAUUCUGAAAUAUAAGUUAGCAUAAGAUGUGUAAAAUAUAUCUCCCCCUCCAUCGACCCCAGAUAGGCAAGACCAAAGAAAUUAACCACUCACUGUAUAGUUAAUGUCUGGGUCACGAGGGAAACCAUGAGUUAGUUUUGUUUUCCUUGGAGGGGAGGAAAAUGUUUUUAUUCACGAGAGUGAUAACUGGUGGUGUUUUUCCCACCUCAGUUUGUCGUGUCUCUUUCUACCAUGCUUUGAGUCAAAUCACGUGCUGUUGUAUCUGGUAAAAGAUUCAGAACAACCUUCAUGAAUAUGAAACAAUUCAUGUCCAGUUAAAAACUAUAUAACUCCGCAUUGGUCAGUGUGUAGUUGAAUUGGACUGGUAUGGUUGGGUUAGUUUUGUGUAGUUAGUGUAGUUGACGUGUAGUUAAUGUAGUUUGGUAAAGUUGCUGUAGUUACUGUAUUUGGUGUGAUUAGUGUUGUUGCUGAAGUUGGUGUACUGUACAUAUUGCUCAUGUUUUGACAAUUUUUGGUGGUUUGAGGGGGUGAGACAAGCUCUUGUUGCUGUCGUCAUUGUUUGAAGCCUCUGGGGUGCUUUUAUUAACAGCUUUGCUAAGAGGCAUUUUUGUUAGCAGAAAUCCGUCUAUAAUGUGCCCUUGAGAUAGGAGCUAUUGUAGGGGAGAAGAGGUCACCAACCCUAAGCUUUGUGUCCAGGAUUGCAUGCAGCUGCGAAAAUUACGAAUUGACGGUGAAAAGCAGUGAAAGAGAAGGUUGGGAGGAUCGUCCCAACUUAAACUGCGAUUUUUGCGUAAAUUGCAAAAUUUACGGAAAAUUAGAAAAUUCGCAAAAAUUUGCUGAACCAGUGAAAAUCAGCAGGUUUUUCGCAAUUUGCGCAAAGUUGGUAAAUUCUGUUACUGGCUUAUGACAAAGAGCUGCGGAAAUCAAAUCACAAGUAUAGCAAAAAAUUGCGACCUUGUAAACGAGGAGAGAACAGCGGUAAAUCGCAAUUUACUCGAAAAUUUGUGAACCUUACAAAAAACACGCAAAUUUUACAAUGAACGCGCGAAAAAGUGCCAAGCUUGCAGUUUUUACUGCGAUGUUUUCGCGCGUGAGAAAAAUCGCAAAUUUUCCACUGCGUACAAACCUUCAACCAAAGCUCUAUCGGCCAUUUUGUGCUCGGGCGUGAGGCGGGUUCUCUGUUGUGUCGAAUUGCUUUCUGGGACUGUUUUGGUGUUGUUAUCGCUUAUUUCCUUGGCUAAUAGAGGUUGCACAAGUAGCUGGGUCAAAAUAAGUCCCCUUAAAACAGUCCUGCAGUUCAAUUUGCUUAACACCAGCCCAAGUCUAAGGGUUGAUUUCUACUGUCGCGUAAUUUUUCCGUGCGAACACACGUAAAAUUUAAGUGCGUAGAUGAAAAAGAGGCAGUGUAUCAAAGGCCACGCGUAAACGCAAAAGUUGAGCGAGGUUAAACUUUAACGCAUACUCGUGACCUUCCAUACAAUGUCUCCAUUUUAUUUACGCGUGUAUGCCCAGAAAAAUUACCCGACAGUGGAAAUCCAUCUAAGGCGGAGCUUCAAUAUUAAUAGUUCCUUCCUCGCCUUCAAGGUCUCACCGAAUGAUCCUCACAUUCGUCACACCUUGGGUCUCUGUUAUCACAGGUAACUCUCCCGUUAUUUGACCUAGCCGAUUCAAUGAAGCUCGCUUUGGCCAUUGAGCGUUUGGGCAUAUGGAACUCACUUCAACAAUUUGCUUGAGUGACCACCAAACAAUAGCUUUGCGGUACGCAAUUUCUAAUGCCUAAAGCAACCUUUAUCGAAUCAGCUGUAUAUUUCAAUUGAAUGUAGAAAACGAUUUUGCAAAUGCUAUGUUCUAUGGCAGACAGAAAAAAUGCCGCGCCACUUAAAGUGAUAAAAUUGGGUAAGCUAUUCUGCUCUGCUGCUGUAAUCGCCACAGCAAUUGGUCGUUCCGGAAACACUGCGAGGCCGGCGAUGUGGUGAGAUCUAGUUAGCAAAAAACAAGCGCAACAACGAACCCAACCGUGUUUGAUACAUACCAGUUAACACUGCGCCUUUAACUCGAUUGAAAUUUGAAAAGUUCCUUAAGAACGCGCCGGGGCCUUACUCUACAUCGUCUUUGAUUCCUUUCCUUACUCAUUUUAGGUUGAACCGUUUAGAGGAAGCUGUCUCAUCGUAUAACGAUGCUCUUCGCAUUGAUCCUUUCUUUGUUGAGGCUUACAAUGGGCGUGGCAAUGCUUUGAUGGACUUUGGACAUGAAGAUGGCACCGUUCUAGGAAGGUUAGACCUCCCUCUAGUCUCCUUCGUGCCCAUUUUUGGGAUGUCACGCAACACUCCUCCCAAAGUGAACAUUAACCACAAAGGACCGCAAACGAACGUACCGCAGGGCGUAAGAUCUACAGGAGAUUUGAGUAGCAGAAUUACAUAAGUGAAAAUAAAUCUCUGCAAAACUGAUCGUAUUACGUAAAAAUUAACAGCUGGCAACUUCUACAACCCCGUUCUGUUUUGUGUUCUAUCGGUGUUGUGUUCAUGUCUUCUAAGGUUAAUGUUUACGUACUACGAUCAGCUUUGCAGAUUUAUGUUCACCUCCCGUAAAAAGGAACUUUUUCAUGUAGCCAUUCCUUUGAGGGGAGCAUUACGUGACAUCCCAAAAACGGUUGCCUAGUAGAAUAACUUCACCCAGUCGGUUGUGACCUAAAUGUCAAGUUUACCCAGUAAUCAAAUAUAUGCUUUCCACUGUCUCACGAUGUCGUCUUUUCGUUCCUAAAAUCUGUUCUGCUGAUCUUGUAGGCGUGAUUAUCUCAAGGCUCUUCACAUGGAUCCUCUCUGUUUAUCUGCGCGGGUAAACCUCGGCUACAAUCUACAGGUAAUCUGUUUGUUUUCAACCACUAACUUUCUGACCAACUCACUUUCAGACCAAGCGCGUUUUAGUUAUGGGGCUCUCAAGUAAGUUGAGACUUCUGUUUUUUUUAAUUAUUACAAAAAAAAAACUCUCACACCACUUCUCAGCCAGUGUAACUUGCAAGCAGGCUCACUUGGGCGAGUUGAGGAAAAACAUUUUGUCGGCGGAGCCGCCAACGCGAGUCGCAAAAGAGAGCCUGCUCGCAGACUACAACCAGGGCGGGGUGAGGCCCAAGCUCGACUCGCUUGGCGUUAACGAAGCACGUUUGCUCUGAAUUCCGAUUGGCCAGUUUUAUUGUCUGCGUUUUAUGAUUAGCUAAACAAUUUACAUUUGCUUUUGGUUAUUUGACAAGCAAUUAAAAACUGCCCUGCCCUAUGAGAUAGUUGGUCUAAUUUACUCCUUCACUGGUUAUUUGCAGGUUGAAGGAAAAUUCCAGGCAGCCUGGAACCAGUUUUCCUCAGCUGUUACCAUUGAUUCAGGUCAGUUUAAAAGAGGCUCAGGUGAACUUGUUCUAAGCGACCACUCAUUAUGAUCCAAAUGUCUGAUUGUAAUCGCAACUGUGACAAAAUUAUCGAAUCUAAUGAGCUAUUAGCUUGUUCUGCAACAAGACCACAGUGUAACAGGCUAUUUCCGAGUUCCAAAGACUAUCUCUUUCGAAACGAGACCAAGUGCAAUAAACCUUCCUUUUGUAGUACCGCGGUUAGGUUAAAACACACUUUAUUCGCGACCGUUACACUCCGAACUCAGAACGCUGACCGACUCGAAUAAAUUACAACGCACGCUAUCUAUAGUACAUGCAAAUUACGUAAUUCCCGUGUGUAUUACAUCACAUUCAUUCUCUCGCUUCUACGCGCUUGCAUUAGCAUCGUAUACACUACAUUCCCUUCUUUGAUCAAAUUUAGCAGGAAAGCAGUUUUUAAAGGCUGCAAAAACCCUAAAUGUUCAGCAAAACAAAGUCUUUGAAUUAAACUAGACAAAACAGAAAAAAAAGAAGAAGUCCUAAACAUCCAGGACAAAGUCUUUAUAGCGCGCAGGCUGUCUUAUAGUUCGGGUCGACCUCCGCACAGGCCUUUCCGCUGCGUUAUCUUUCUUUUCGGUAGAGUGCCCAGCUUGUACUUGGGAAUUUUCAGAUACUCCUGUAGUCCCUGGAAUUCCGCUUGGCCCUGAUACCUCUGUCGUCUCCGGAACUCUGCUUGGCCCUGGCUCAUCCGUCUGUACUGUAGAACUUGCUUGUACCACUUGGUCUUUGUUACCAUUGGAUACACCAUUGUGCUCGUUGUACUUCUUUACGAACGCAGUGUUCCUUUUCAGUUGCACACCAGCUUCGUUCCUAAGCGUUACCUCUGUUCCUGUCCUCUGAACCACCUUAAAAGGAGCAGGGUUGAAGUUGGUAGACAGCUUGUUCGUUUUUUCGGCUUUCAAAAGUACCGUGUCACCAACACGUAUGCUCUUGGGCGUGGCACCUCUCUUGAGAUCUGCAUAAGCUUUGCCCUUUAAUUUACUUGACCAAUCCCGCUCUCGCACUUCUUCGCCUGGCACCCCGACCGUCUCUCUCCUUAACUCUGGCAAUUUGGACCUAACCUCGUGGCCAAACAUCAUGUAACAGGGGGUAGUCCCCGUCGUCGUUUGCGGAGUGGAUCUGUACGCCAUCAACCAUACAAGCAAUUCAGUUCUCCAGUUCUUUCCUUCUAAAUGUGCAAUCCGUAGACAUUUAAGUAACGAGCGAUUUUGGCGUUCCACCUCUCCAUUAGCUUGAGGCCACAACGGCGUCGUUUUCCUGUGCUCAAUACCAUUUGUGCGUAAAUAUGCUUCAAAUUCUUCGGAUACGAACUGGGGCCCAUUAUCUGUCCUUAAAGAGAACGGAAAACCGAAUCUGGCAAACAUGGGUGCAAUUGCUUCGAUGACCUUGGCACUUGUUGUAGACUUCAGAAUAGCAACUUCUAAGAAACGACUGUAGUAAUCGAUCACCACCAAAACACUCUCUCCUGUGGGUAGUGGUCCCAGCAGGUCUGCUCCACAAUCCUGCCAAGGAGCACUUGGAGGAAGAACGCGGGACAUCGGCUCAGGAGGGUUAAAUCCAGAAGUGACCUGGCAGCCAUGACAAACUUUACAAAAUUUCUCAACUUCCUUGUCCAUUCCCGGCCACCAAACUUUACUACGGAGCCGAUACUUCGUCUUCACUAUACCCUGGUGCCCUUCGUGUGCCAGCCGCACCACCCUGUUGCGCAGGAGCUUGGGAACCACAAUCCUUGUGCCGCGAAGCAAUAGCUCACCAUAGACGCAUAAUUCGUCCUUGACUUGUGCAUACGAGGGAAGUGUACACCGGUCCCAGUCCCCUGACCUCACGCAACUCUUUGCUAUCGUCAAUUCUUCGUCAAAAUAGGAAGCUUCUUCAAUUUCUGUAGGUGAUAGAGCAACGGGUAUACAGCUUAUAGCAAUGGCUCUGACAAAGUCGUAGUCUUCUCCAUGGUCCACUUGAUCCAAGGAGUUCAAACGGGACAACGCGUCGGCUAUAUUUGUCUUCCCUGGGCGGUACACCACUUUAAAAUCGUACCCUUGUAGUCUUAAGACCCAUCUCUCUAUUCGGGCGCAAGGCUUUGAAGUGCGCGAGUAGACACGCUCUAAAGGCUUGUGAUCUGUUUCCAACUCGAAGCUCUGUCCGGAAACGUACAUGUUGAACCGUUCACACGCCCAAACCAAGGCAAGUGCCUCUUUCUCUGUUUGGCUGUAGCGUCGUUCCACGUCAGUUAGGCUCCUCGACGCGUAGGAGACAACUCUCCACAUUCCCCCUGCUGCUGGGUGAGAACCGCUCCUAAUCCAACUGGAGACGCAUCGGCAAUGAUUCGCGUUCUGCAGCCAACCUUAAAAUAAGCCAGUGUCUCUGCCUGGGUGAUUAGACGCUUCAGUUCCUCAAAGGCUGUUUGCUGCUCUUUACCCCAGUGAAACACGAUGCCCUUCCUGGUUAACUCUUGAAUAGGCUUGGCUACGGACGCCACGUCAGGCAUGAACUUAGCGGAAUAUUGGACAAGACCCAUAAACGAUCGCACUUCACUUGCGUCUUUGGGAGAUCUAGCAUCUCUUAUAGCAGCAAUCUUCUCUUCGGAUGGGUUUAUGCCGUCACUAGUCAGCUCGUGACCAAAGAACGUAAGCCUUGACAAUCUAAACUCGCACUUGUCUCCGUUCACCGUCAACCCCACUUCACUCAGCCUAUCUAACACCGCAAAAAGACGCUUGUCAUGUUCCUCCACGUCACACCCAUGAACAAUGAGAUCGUCCGCAAUGUUCGCAACCCCAGCACAACCCCUUAACACAUCUCUAAUGAUCUGCUGAUAUUUCUCCGGCGCCGACGUUACGCCAAACAUCAACCGCUUGUAACGAUAACGCCCUCGAUGCGUGACAAAGGUAGUGAUGUGGCGACUUUCCUCACUGAGUAAAAUCUGGUGAAAACCCCACUUGAGAUCUAUCUUGCUGAACACCGUACUGCCAUUCAAGUCGUGUAACAGCUCCUCAACGGUUGGAAUUGGGUGACGCUCUCGGACGAUUGCUUCAUUUGCACGACGCAUAUCAACACAGACUCUUACGUCGCCAUCGCCUUUGGGAACCACCACCAACGGCGAAAUCCAUCCUGACGGCCCCUCCGGCACUUCCUCUAUAAUUUCAAGCUCCAAAAGUUCAUCCAGCUUUGCAUCCACUUUCUCGCGUAACCCGAACGGUAUCCUGCGUACAUGCUGCGCUACAGGCUUCACCGACUCAUCAAUGUGUAGCUUAAGCUCGUAGCCCUUCAAAAGACCAACACCACUAAACAAGUGCUUGUAUUUCUCUCUGACAUCCCCGUCCGAUCGCCCACCGUCAACACUGUUUGUCUGAAAAGGACCAAUACGCAACAGGUUUAGCGCCUCGGCAGUCUCUCGGCCCAACAGCGUGCGACCGUCGCCUUCAACCACUACAAAAUCAGCAUUACUUCCGUUUUCAAACCCAGCCAGCGUGACAUCUGCCGUGAACGUUCCUAGGGUCGGUAAAGGUUCUGUACCACCAUAAGCAAAAAGUUCCUUUGCAGAUUUGCGAGAUUCACAGUUAAUCCCCUUUUGCUUUAACAACUCCCAGGUCUGCUGGCCCAUAACAUUACAUGAGGCUCCCGAAUCAAUGAGAACAUCGGGUACGUCUACACCACCAAUGACCAGCGUUACCAAAGCGCUCCUUUGUUCCUUGCGAUCAUUCACCUGUUCCACUGAAAAGGCAUAAUCGGGUCUUUGCGAACGACCUGGUGUAGCGAAGUCUCCUUUGUCUUCUUCUCCAGGGCUAGGUCUUCCAGUCACGAGGUUCGUCUCUCGCCCUCCGCGUCCGCGUCCACCUCGACCCAGUCCACCAGCACUCCUGCCUCCUCUGCCGCGUCCGCCUCUGCUACUCUCAGGCCCUCUAGAUCCCGAAUGGGUCCUGCUUAGCUGAUGGAGUCGAGGGCAUUUAACUUUGAAAUGGCCUGUUUCGCCGCACUUCCUGCAAGUUUGACCACGCGCCGGGCACUUUUUGUCUUGACUGAAGUGUCCUUCUUGUCCGCAGCUAAAGCACGUCUUUGCUUUCCUGGGAUUUUUGUUUCCAUACAGCCUGCCACCCACUGCAUUGACCUGGUUAUCUGCUUGGUCGGUACUGUAUUGCUUCAGUUGUCGAUCAACCGCUUCUUGGGAUCUUGCAACACGCAACAAUUCAUCUAACGUAACAGUUCCUUCCUUUUCCAGAAAUUUCCGGCGUAAAUGGCUCGAAUAACACUUGUCUAUGAGCUGAUCGCGAGUGUAGCCAUCCUCGCCGGCGCCAAAAUCACAAGUCGCUGCUCGCUGACGCAAUCUACAAACGAACUGAUCAACUGUCUCUCCGAUCCCUUGCGAAAUUUGUCGAAACAAAUGUCUCUCAAAGGGAAUGUUCGCCUUUGGCACGAAAUGGUCGUCCAACACCUUUAACGUUGCUUCAAAACUUGCAUCUCCACCCUCACCAGCUAGUGUGAAAUAAAUUUCUUGCACAUCCAUACCAGCGACAUGCAACAGCAAAGCACGUUUUUGAGCGUCGUUCGAUACACCUUUCCCGGUCACAUACAAACUGAACGCUCGCUUCCACUUCUUCCAUCGCUGACUUAAAUUGUGCGCCUCUCCUUUUGGAUUAAAUGGUUCCAAUCCACUGACAUCUAAAGUAACAGAAGUCAUCCCAGAACCGCCAACAGCACCGCUCGUAGUACCGCUUGUCGCGUUAGUUUCGCCCAAUCCACCGCCUCCCGGCAUCGCUGAAAUAAAUCCUUGACGAAAUCCUCGACGAAAUCCACAGCGAAAUUUUCAACGAAACUCUUGAAACCCUCGGCGAAAUCCUCGAAAUAUCCUCGAAAUAUCCUCGAAGCAUCCUCGAAGUAUCCUCGUCGCCAAUGUAGUACCGCGGUUAGGUUAAAACACACUUUAUUCACGACCGUUACACUCCGAACUCAGAACGCUGACCGACUCGAAUAAAUUACAACGCACGCUAUCUAUAGUACAUCCAAAUUACGUAAUUCCCGUGUGUAUUACAUCACAUUCAUUCUCUCGCUUCUACGCGCUUGCAUUAGCAUCGUAUACACUACAGAGCAUGGGAAUAAAAAAUCAUUUUCCUACAAAUAACAUUGCACUUAGCCUGGCUUGGAAACGUAGUCACGGGGCAACUCGGAAGACGUCUAUUGGGCAGUAUAUAUACGUCAUCGCAUGCAGUGUCGCCCCACUCUCCAGCGCAACGUCCAAUUUUAAAAAGGACAGUUGUACUUCGACUUGAAUGGGGUCUUUUUAUCUAACGUUCUUUUACAUAACGUUAAAGGUGCAGUGGAAACCCGCCAUACGGCUACCCUACUGUUGUAGUCGCGAUAUAUUCCUCAAAUGUUGUCAUAGUUGUGAUAAUGUGAUGUAUUUGUGUCGCCUACUUCUGCCUUUACUUAGGCUAACAAUGAAUUUAAUUUGCAUCUAGUCUUGUUUUAACGCUCGUAUAUUAGACUCGACUUAGUCCAAUUGCCAAAAAACAUUAUGGACAAUCACAGAUGAAAUGUAAUUUGUCUUAAGUGGAGCCUUUAUCAGUUGCAAGUUAGGACCGGCAGUGACCGGGUUCAGUCCUUGCUGGGGUUACUGUUUUGUAUUCUUUAAUUUCACAGUGCCUCACACCACCCAGGUUUAUAAAUGAAUGCCGGCGAAUUUACUGCCGGGGGUAACCUUGCGAUGGCCGAACAUCUCGUGCAAGGGGGGAGUAGUAUUAUUCCUAGACUCUUCAUGCCACGGAACGUCCAGAUAGGGCCACUUGCCUUAUAAGCAGACUUUACCUUAUCUUACCUACCAGUUCAACACUUGAUGUUGUCCCGCGGGCGAGCAUGUCACGUGCGAGUGAACGAAGUAAACGGAGGAGAAGGUUGGCGCCUCUCUCCAGUUACCCUUUCGGCUCGUUCACUCUGUCCAGUCCUACUAAGCCUCGACUCGAUCGGUUGAAAAGGAAGAGCUCGUAGACUAACCGGUCAUUUUUUGUUGUUUACUUUUGAUUGGUCCAGGAAGUGGUGUGAUGGGAUUGUCAGCUAGUCACAAAGCCCAAUAAACCCAAAGCGUCCACUAAAUUUCGACGUUUCAGUUUCUAAUUUCUUUCUCUUCUGUAGCGUGUCAGUCAGCUCUAGAGGGACGAGCUGUUGUGAACUUACAGAUGGGGAACACUUUUGGUGCCUUUGUUGAUAUGAACGAGGCUAUAAAGGUAGGUGUGCGUAUAUUUCAUCUCACUUGAAUGGGAGAUAAUCAAUUAUUCUAUAUUUUACUUGCUUUGUUCCAAAAAAAUUCACUUUUGCCAGAUCAAAAGUAUGCAAACAAGUCGCUUGAGAUGCUUUUGCGCUUGAAUGGUGAAAAAAAUUCUAACUGCCUUUUGAGCGUUAUUAGUUAUUAUUAAAUGAGUUGUUGUGGAAGUGAUUCACUUGCUUGUUGUGUUCCAUGUUUCUGUAGAUUUCAAAGACUGCUGAGUUGUUGACUAAUCGUGGAGUUGUGCAACAGGUAAGAUGUUGUGUCACAUUGAAAAAAAAUAUAAGAAUCAGUUUUCAACUCUCCUCACUUUGCCUCUUCGCGCUCUGUGGCGCAGGUAUAGCUGAUUGAAAAAAGCUUGCUUUGGCCAUUGGCAAUUGGAAAAAAAAAAAAGAAAGACUGUCCGUUACUGAAGCCUGUGAUGGAACAGAAAAUCAACUCUAUUGUGAAAAAUCAAGGGCAACAAAUACCUCAUUAACCCCACUGUGCGUUAGCCGUAGUAAAGGGAAGUAACGGACGACACGAAGCAUAGGAAAAAUCCUUUGACCUUGGUGGGAUUCGCAAGGCGAGAGUUGACAUUACGGAAAGUGUGCUAUUGCCCAUUCAAGAAACCAUAAGGGUAAUGGGUACAGCCUUUCGGUGCAACGAUUUCUUGAAUCGUUCGGGUUGACGAGCGUUUCUUGUGAUUGGUUAAUGGUUGCCUUUUGUGCUAUCGACCAACCAUAAAUAACGCUUGUCCACCCAAACGAUCCCAGAAAUCACUACGCGCAAAGCUUGUACCCAUUCUUCGUCGAGUUUCCGAAGUGGGGAAUAGUGCAGUAAGCAAACACAAGGCAGAUGUGAAGGGAAAUUUAGCAGUUGCCAGUGUAACUUUUUUCCUAGGCAAGUUUUUUGUUCAGUGUGUGCAGGAUGUUGCACAUGGUCUACUCCUCACGCUUGCUGUUUCUUUGUUUGUAUGUCCAGUUCAUGGGUGAUUUCGUGAAUGCCAUCCGGGACUAUCAAGCGGCAGUGAAGACAGAUCCGUCAUAUGCACUGGCUUACUACAAUGCUGCUAACAUCUACUUCAGGCAAAGACAGUUCCAGCAGGUCAGUUUCAUAGUGGUCAACAUCCAUUUUCUCCUCUUAGGGGCUCUUUACAUAGAGGAAGAAGAUCCUAGUACCAGGAAGAUCCUAGAAGGCGGAUCAACUUUACGUUGGGUUUACAUGCAGAAAUUUUGGUCCGUGUGGUACCCAAAUGUAGAAUGUUUAAGAAGGAAUUAAGAAUGGCAGGUGACAAAAACAAACAUACAAUUUGGGCUCUUCUGCUCUCUUUACUGGCGUUAACAACUUCCUUUCAGGAGAAUUAUCACAAUAAUCAGCUCGUGGUAACGCCAAACGAUAUGGUCGGCCUUUAUUGCCGUGAUUAGCCACUGAACGACACGCCGCUAUUUUUGUCUGUUUUUUCCCAAUUACUUGGAUCUUCCUAGCGAAGGUAGUUUACAUGGUGCUAGGAUCUUCCUACCUCUCAGCCAGGAAGAUCCUACUAUUAGGAGGAUCCCAGCUGUAGGAAUAAGUACAACCCUUUGCAUGUAAACUGAAUACACAAAACGUAUGGCGCUAGGAUGAUCCGCCUUCUAGGAUCUUCCUCUCUUCAUGUAAACAGCCACCUAAUGUCACAGCUUAUUCAAACAUUAAGGUGACGAGAAGAAAGGAAGUGAUCCUAAGAGGUGAAAUCACUUGAUGAUAAAUGGAAUGAAAGGUGUGAAGAGAAGAACUAAGAAAAAAAUUCUGAGUUCCAGAUGGGAAUUGAACCCACGACUUUCCAGACAUUAGUCGGAUGCUCUAAGCCAGUAAACUACUGAGACAUCUAGUGAUAAGCAGGUCAUUAGGGAGCUUAAGCAACAACGUUUUUGAGCGACGCACGUCAACCGGAAGUGGCCUUUUUUCAUUUUUUGAUGGUGUUUUCGCGCAAAUUUUCAGUCAAAUCGCCUCUAUAACAGUAAAGAAGCUAAGGAAUACAAAUUUUAUAUCAUCAAGGCAUGUUAAGAGGGAAAAUACCUCACUUCCGGUUGACGUGCGUCGCUCAAAAACGUUGCUGCUUAAGCUCCCUAUUUAUGGGCUGACUUAACGGCCACAUCUAGCCCUUUCCAGGCGUUUAGAUAGUAGUGCGCGGCGUUCAGAUGGUGGGGAGCGAGUCAAAUCGUUCGCGGGGAAAACGAGAGGAAUAAACGAAGCGAAAUUGGACCCCAUUCUGUUUUUUCCCUCCUCGUCAAUUUUUCGCCCGCACUCCUACUAUAUGAAUGUCUGGAACAAGCUAGACCACAUCACGCAGUCACAUUUCAUCACUUGAUGAGUAGCCAAAUUUAUUACAAAACCACCCAUGAACUUUCGGGCAAAAACAUGAUAUCUUCACACGUGCAUGAAAGGAUCACCGUGCUAUCCGUGCUAUGGCUACAUAAUAAAUCUCGCCUUUCGCAGCGAAAAGUUAUAUUUAAGGGAAAUAGUUUGGUAUUUAGUUGUGGUUUAUUAAUUAAAUAAAACAUUACCUGGCCCCUUGACGAUACGAAAUUUCUCCUCGUUCUCAAAAAUAUUUCACUCGUUCGCACAAUAUUUUUCGACACUAGAAAAGAAAUUUCGUAUAUCCAAGCGGUUAUGAAGCAUCCUCCCGAUUUAGUAUCAUUAAAAAGUAUUGAUAUAAGUUUGGAGGUUACGUGGUUUGGUUUCUUGGUUAUAAGUAACCCUCUCUUUGAGUUAUAAAAGUGACGUUUAUUCCGGAACGGAGUGUUUUUUGAGUGACUGUAGUACCAUUCUUGACGAAAACGUUUAUUACUUGUAAGAUUGGCUGAAGAGACGAACGAGAAAUUUGACAAAAAAUUUGAUGAAGGACUAUUUUCUUAGCCUGCUGGGUUCAAUGCAAUAAACGUUUUACAAGUGUAAUUCGCCACUCUAGCAACGAGAAGGCAACUGGAGCCGAAAUGAGUCCCGCAGUUGUUUCUGAGGUCGUUACCGGGGACGCGCAUGUCAGCUAUUGGUCAGUUUUUCCCUGUCCCUAUUAACCGUCCCAGACGUCUUUGCGAAAGUUACCUCGGCCCAGUUCCCCUCUCUUUUCUAAAGUGUCGAAUUUACCAUUGUAGCCAUUGCUUGCCAAUUACAUCUCUCCAGUAAUUUACGCAGAUGUAGAAAAAGCAAUGCAGAUCGAGGACGGUAGUGAAAACGUCCCUAAAAAAAUGAAUUUGCGUCCUUUCAAACUUCAUCGCGUUUAUUUGAACCCGCUCAAUUUGUCAAAUGUAGGGCGAUUUCUCCUGGAGUUGAAUUCUUAACAAUGACUGACGUUUCUACAACCUGUGCGGUAGUUACCUUCAGAGUCAUAGUGAAUUGUAUCUCGACCUUUGCCGGUAUCAUCUAGAAUUUGGCAACUGAUUGUUUAUCUCAUUCGAGUAUUCAUUCUUAAAAGAUUGUGGUUGCAUAUGGAAUCAAGAGUUGUUUGUAAACUCUAAUAGCCCUUCACCUAUUUUUGCCGAAGUCUUUCAUUGUGUUAACACUGUUUGUUUGAUAUCUAUGUAAAGGCCCUUACUUACUACAACAAGGCAUUAUCGUGGUAUGCAGACGAUGAAUCAGCAGUUCUUAACCGCGCUAUAACCAAGGUAUAUCUAAUCGUGGUAUUCAGUGUGCACAAAAGACCACAAAGCAGACAUUCUGAGGGCUGGCUUUGUCACGCGUUCUUUUGUCACGGGACAGUGCGUGACGAAGAUCUGUCUGCCUCGGAGAUUAUGUCCCCCUGAAGGGGGGUCUAAGAAUUUUGGCGGGGUUAUGUCGCUUGAACUCUGAAAUACUUGGCCCUAUACCAGACAAUGUUCAGCUACAAUUUUUGCUACUAUAUAGACUAGGCACGCACCAUACACCUUAUCCUGUCACAGAGUAACUGUGAACCAGAAACUCCAGUUCUUCAUUCCACGGAUUAGUUUCCCAUAAGGAUGGCCCAUUCUAGUUCAAAGUCGUCUGAUUUUUAUGCUCUAUCCUACAUUAAACUGCUUGAAUUAACCCUUUGUGUCCCAAGAGUGACCAAAAUCAAGUUUCUCCUUGCAAUAUCCACACAUUUUGAGUAGAAAAGGCUAAGGAAAAUCCUUUGAUCUUUAUGCAAAUUCUCUCAACCUCCUCUUUAAGGAAAUCAAUGGAAAUCAGUCUGGAGAAUUUGUGAAUCUAUCUUAGGGCCUAAAGGGUUAAUAAAACCCCUACUCUUCACUGCGGCACAUGUGGCCCAUAUAUGGCACAGCCUAUACCCCACCCCCCCUUACCCCCAUUCCAGGUUAUGUCCCAAAAGAAAACUUUGCAAUGCACUAUUAGCUGCUGGCAUACAACUAUUGUCUAUUCUUAGAGCUUCGACACACUAGAACAACAGGAUAGGAUCCUAUCUUUUUCUGUCCUGUGCAGGUUAUGAUGAAAGAUACCAAAGGGGCUAUUCAAGAUUUUCAUCGUGCUGGUAAGUGUUCUGUUUGAUCUUAAACAUCAGAUUUUUCAUCCAUAUAUUAUUCUAUGUUCUCCAUGCUUCAUCAGCUACCCAUCCCCCCCUUCCCCUUCCCCUUCCCCCAACCCACCCAACAACCUCACUUAUGAGUCUCCUUUCCAUGAGCAAACUUCGACACAAUUUUUAGUCCCAAAUGAAGCCCUCUGGUCAAUAAACCAAAGCAUAACAGAAUUAAUAAAUGGAAUGAAAUGAUCCAGUGACUGGCACUCUAGUUGCUCUAUUGGCGUAAUUGGACGUAGCGUCCGGUCAAGGCAAAGUUCACUGAUAUCCCGGUUAAGCGUUUCAACUGCUCAAGUAGACACCAUAACAGGGAGUAUCACAUGUGGGGAGGGAGAAAAUAUGACUCUCCUUUAAACGCUCGCAUGGACAGCUCACACAUAGUUUAUUUUAAAAUUCGCAUCAAAUACACACAGCCAGCUCUCCGUAAGACGGAUAGCGCUAGAACCGGCAGCAAAUGUUUACCUUGGACGAAUGUCCGCUUUAUAGAAGAGUGAAAGCAAAUGUCUUUUGAACGACAGGGGGCAAACUGAGGGAGUUCGUUGUAAUUCUUAUAAAGGUUGUUGUUGUUGUUGUUGUUUUAAUUGACGUUCUUCACUUUUUAACCUUUUACUUUUCUUAUUUUUUUCACCAGUGGAGUUGAAUCCGUACGCAGCUCAUGUGUACUUUAACCGUGCCAACCUGUACGCAUCCCUUAGGAAAUACAAGGAGUCCGAGGAAGAUUACACCAGAGGUAAUAUGAAUACCGAGUACCAUGACUGUGCUCCAGAGUUUUAUUCUUGUCAUACGAGACCUUUCUUCGCAUUCCUGUGAACACGGCACCAACUCGAAGCUUGGGGUAACAAAAUACACAGUAAUAAAUAUUUGUAUUUCCACUUGCCCAUAAUGCAUUUUGCCCCUCUCCCUCCUCCCCCUCCCCCGACCAAAAAAAAUUCAUAAACUAUUAUUGUCAAAUGCUCCAACUGUAUAUUCCCAAGCGCAUUUGAAAACAGUAGUCUUUGCAAAACUGGGGGUUUAUAGGGCCGAAAGAGGGUAUUGUAGCCUCCCAAGCAGGCGUUUUAAGGGGAGUCGUAUUUCCUUUCUUACCACAGGAGGGAGAAAAAUAACGCUUACGUAGGAGACUAAGUGGGUACUUGAAAAGAGUCAAGUGGGUGAGUGGGUAUUUGAAAACAGUAGCUUUUGCAAAACUGGGGGUUUAUAGGGCCGAAAGAGUGUAUUGUAGCCUCCCAAGCAGGCGUUUUAAGGGGAGUCGUAUUUCCUUCCUUACCACAAGAAGGAGGAAAAUAACGCCUACGUAGGAGACUAAGUGGGUAUUUAAAAAGAGUCAAGUGGGUGAGUGGGUAUUUGAAAACAGUAGCUUUUGCAAAACUGGGGGUUUAUAGGGCCGAAAGAGUGUAUUGUAGCCUCCCAAGCAGGCGUUUUAAGGGGAGUCGUAUUUCCUUCCUUACCACAGGAGGG